AUGAGUAAGUCCGGCACUCUGAAAGUGAAGAACUUGUUCAAAAUCAAGUCACCUGAUAAGGAAAGUAAAGAGUUCAAACAGUCAAACUCGCUAAAAAGGGAUGGAGAAGCGACCAGCCCCAGACACAAGUCGGAGACUUUACCGGCGAGCCCCGGUCCUUUCAGCCCGGGGGACACAGUCACUCUGCCGGCUGAUGUUCUACCUCUUUCCCCGAAAGAAAAGAAGGUGAAGAAACUGCUUUCGUUCAAGCUGAAACGGAAGAAAUCCAAACGGAAAGAUGGAGGAGAGUUUUUCCCAGAGACUGAUGAACUGGACAGCUUCCACAGCCUCAGGUAAGAUGAAAAAAAUGACUCACCUUUAACACCAAUUAAUUUUAGCAUAUUUGCUUUAUUAUUUCUUUUUCCUCUGUGAAUCCACAGGUGGUCUUACAUACUUCACUCGAAAUAUAACAAACUAGAAAACACGAGGGCUACAAAAACCCCAUUUCUGAUAUAAAGAUAAAAUUCCAUCUAUUUUCUUGGCAGAGAAGAGUCAUUUAAUACAAAUUAACCUUUCAGCUUUAAAAAGUCAAAACAAACUCCUGAAAAGGCAAUGCUGCUUCUCAGAGACAUACUAAUUAACUGUGUUUGACCUAAUUGGUACUAUCCCAGCUAAGAGGUUUUAAGAAAAUAUGAAUCUGUCUGCUCAAUACACUUAAGCUUUUUACAGCAGCUGGAUCAUAAAAGAGAGCUGUGGAAAAACAACUGAAACCAUCAAGGUGGUCAAAAUGUUCCAUAUCUGAACUCCUUUAAUACGAUAUGGUUUGAAACUAUACUGUCAGUGUUAUUAUGAUACUAAAUAGCAUAAAAAGUGAGUUAGUUUGUGAAAAACACAGAUCUACGGGCAUGGUUUCAAUCCAAAGUUAGAGGGAGUAAACAGUGGUGGUCAAGUUACAUGAAGAUGCCAAGGAGUUUCAAUAUUGUUGUUUGGUGUCAUAUCAAAGUUUAAGACAACACUUUGCCCCGUGUUUCACAACCUGAUUGAACUGAAGGAGGCUCUGGAGUGUGUGAGAGAAAAAAAAUCUCACAGAACAACAGUUUUGCCCCCUGGCACUUUUCAGCCACCGUGGUACAGAGCUGUGGCACGACUAGUACAGUCAUGCUUAACUUUUGCAAGUUUGAAAUGCAGAGAGAGUUUGGCAAAUAAUGCGAGGAGAGAACCAACCGUUAGGCCGAACGGGAGAUUCUGGUGUGCAGUUCAAAUGUUUAAUUUGACAUGUCAAGUUUUCAGUCUGUGAGCAGAGGGGGCAAGUAAAUAUGAGAGUGCAGAUGUUGUAAUGUUGUUGUAAUGCUGUAAUGAUGUUGUUGCAUGCUUUCAAAUGUAGUAGGCCGAUCUUGUAAUGGUGUGAUGUUGGAGAUAAAACGAUGUAAAACAUUCAUAAAGGCAAACAUAAUUUAUUUUAAGUAAUUAGAGUAUCAGAGUAUUACAGUUACACCAUGUUAAGGUGGUAGCUCGAGGAGGGGAUAAUUUACAUUUAUAUACAUUUAAAUUUAUCUAUAUAUAUAUAUAUAUAUGUAUAUGUUUAAAGUAAUGUUUUUUUUUGUAAUAUUUUUGGUCACACAUACACAUAUAAACAUAGGUGUGUAUAUGUGACUUGAUUGUGGGAAGAAACCUGAGCACCAGGAGAAGACCCAGAGAAUAGUGUUAUUAGCUGGACUUGGGGUCUAGCACAGCUGCGGCUGCACUGCUGUGGAUGUCUAAAGUUCCUGAGGGUGGGCCGUGGUUUUAUGCUUGUGCUUUUUUGUGAUUAUUUUUUCAAUGUUUAAACUGAUGGGUUUUUUUCAACUUUUCAGUCACACAUACACACAUAUGUACAUAUAAACAUAUGUGAGUGUGUUUGUGUGUGACUUGGUUGUGAGAAGAAACCUGAGCACCAGGAGAAAACCCUACAGAAUAAUGUUAUUAAUUGGAGGUGUUUGAAUAUGUUAGUGGUUUGGGGAUGAGGAGUGUAUUAGCCAAUGGUUUUAUUAAUUUUUGAUGGAUGUUCCUCUUCUGCAGUGUCUUGAUGAUGCAGGUUGUUGGAUUUUAACACUUGUAAAGCCUCUCCUGUAUGGGGCACAGUGUAAGGGGACAUCUUUGCCAAAAAGCAGGUGAUCCUGUGUUCGUCUCAUUCGACGGGCUUUCCGCGUAUAAUACCUCAGUAAGGGUUCCCCUGUAUCAGCAGCUGUAUAUCCGUCCAUGUGUCUGAAUGCUCUUGUUUCUUUUCUGGGCUGGGGUGGGGGACUGGUCUUCAGGUCAUUGGUCAACUCUAGUUUGUUACAUAGAAUUCAUAGUUAUGCGAAAAUACAUUUGUUGUACACAAAUUUACGUUUUUAUGUAUAUAUCAAUUUGAUAUAAGUUAUGAGUUUUUUAUUUUAUUUUUAUUUUUAUUGUGAAUAUCUAUGUGUGAAUACACUCAGUCAGGAUUUUUUACUCAGUUUUUUUAUUCAUCAAUUUUUCUCAGUUGUUGCUUUUUUGUUUCUCCUAAAAUUCACUUGGAGAAAUAGUUGAAUAUAGCAGCAGGGUUCUUGUUUGAGAUCUAAAGCAGAGAGCUUAUUCAUGUGAAUAAAUAAGCUCUCUGCUUUAUUUUAUUUAUCUUUUUAUUUUAUCCCUAAACGAGAUGAUAAUCAGACACAGAGGCAGUGAAGGAACCACCAAAAUUAAACAGCAAUCAUACUUGCUUAUUGGCUAACGGUGCAGAAAUAUUGCAGCCUUUGUAGGAUUAUGUGGUGAGCAUGACUGUAAGGCAGAAAAUACCCACACUGACUCACUCUUCCCUGAAUAAAUUAAAGACUUCAAAAGAACCUCAACUGGUCUCAGUAAUGACAGAGACGUUUCUGGUGCUGUACUCCUGCAGGAUAUUCUCAGCUUUAUUUUCAACAUGUAUUGACAUCUAUUAUGUUGUCGGUUUGAUUCAAUGUGCUGACAGCAUUAAUCCAUUACCUCUGAGUCAGGAGUCAGGAAGCACAAAGUGACUGUGCUGUUGUGAUAUCAGAAAGGUUAGCCAUACAUAAUGCUGAAAUGACAAACCUGCUGCACAAGUAUAAGACGCUUCAAUGUGCAGUUCAGGUGCAGGGGCCAGGCUCACUUUUAUUGUUAUUGUGUCUGGAUCGAAGUACAGAUUUAUUUUAAAAUGGAUAGGGUUUAAACUUCUGAUCUAAGCCUGUUUGGUGAUAACAGUAUAUUACCUUUAUUGUAUGUUUUGUCUUUGCAUCAUCAAACUGAAUAUGUGUUCAAACAUUAACUCCUUUGUCAGUGCUGUUUGCUGUAGUUAAAUGAACCUUUUAAGUGCUCCACGAUGUCCCUCUGUAGGUUUAAACUUUUGUUUUUGACCCUGAGCUAUUGUGAAUCAUACUGCUGAGGAAAAGUGAUAAAGUAAGUCGGAAGACAAAUAAAAUUUACAACACAAAAUCCAGAAAUCAAGAAAAAAAAAGAGUUUCUGAUGGUUUGCAAAUCAUGGAAAACCUUUUUUUUUUUUUUUUAACUACUCUGUUAACUGUUGGGAACUUCAGCCACUCAACAAUUUGGCUCAACAGCUUAUAGACUGUUCACUAAUAAAAACAGGUCAAGUGGUUCCUUCUUUCAUGAAAACAGAGGACAGAGUAUCCGUGGUAUCCGUCAAAAGACUGUUCAGUUUUGAUUUGCUAUACCUCUGGACAGAUUUCUGAUUCACCACAGCUCAAACACAGAGAAGUUGCCGGUGAAUCUGGAUCAUGUUUUUACAUGGUUCCUUCUUCACGUGGUUUAGUUUUAACCUCCAUUUGUGUAUGCGAUGACAAACUGUGUCCACAGACAUUAUUGUUUUGAAGUGGUUUUUAGCCCAUGUGUGAUUUCCACUGCAGAGUCAUGUCUUUUUGUGAUGCUAUGCCUCCAGAGGACCUACAGAUCACCACCAUACAGUGCUGCUGGUUUUGGUCCUUGUCCUUGUGCAUUAGCUAUUGUUGAGUUUGCUGCUGUUAUAAAGUUACUCACAGCUUGCAGUUCUAAGCCUUCAUAGAGGGUCUAUAUGGAUAAAACAGUCCCCUGGUUCUGGUAAUAGUAGAGCCACAACCAAAGAACACUAACGAGGAACUUUAUAGGACAUACUGAAUUUACAGAGUGCAGAGCAAACAGUUCGAUAGAAUUUCAAAGUGCGGGAGAACUACAAAAAUCUUUCAGUGGGGGCUUCCUCUAGCAAGAUGCCAAAGCCUGGCAUCAGGUUCAGGCCGAGUCUUGCCAAGUUCGUAAAGGAAGCAUGAGGAAAGCCCAAAAACUUGCACUAAUAUCCCCAUAUCUCUUAUUUUUAGACUUUGCUGAGGCCUCUACAAGCAAGCAUUGGUUUCUGCCAUAGAAAAUUAACUCAAGUUCAGCGAUCUCCAGCAUUUACCCCUUAGAUCUGAAGAUUUUUUUGCUUUAAGGUAUUUUAUAAAUGAAUCAGUUUGGAUUUUCUACAUAUGGUUUGACAAAGGAGACCGUGUGUUAAGUAUUCAUCUUUAUGACUUUUAUAUUUUUAUAGAUGAAUCACUAAUAAAAGAGAUGAUUGUUGAGUUUUGAGCCAUGCACUGUAAGAAAUGUGUCAUAAUUCCAGACAGCAAACCUUUAUCUCUGUCUCUCUGUCAGGCUGUUUGUACAGGACUGAGCAAACAUACACCCUUUGGCCGCUCAGGUGUUUUUCUCAUGCUCUGUUUGAAAAUCAAAAACACGAAUAUAGUUUCAUACAGCUCUUGAUAAAGAGACUGUUAUGAGAACAAAUGGGAACACUUUAUUUAAGGCGUGUUUACUCAGUCUUUUUCAGCAUGUGACUUACGUGAGAGUGAUUCUGAAUGUCCAGGCUGUUGACUUGCAGGAAUGUGACCUGCAGAGCACCUGAGAUCUUUGCUGAGUGGGAACAGGUAGAGUUUAGCUAGACAGACAGAUAGAUAGAUUGAUAGAUAGAUAGAGAGAUAGAGAGAUAGAGAGAGAGAGAGAGAGAGAGAAAGAGAGAGAGAUACUUUAUUAAUCCCAGAGGGAAAUUCAACAACCUUUUACCGUUAAUGCUGUGGGAUAAGAAAAGGAUCAGAUUUUUGAGGUUUCCAAAUACAUGUUAUGUCUUAAACUCAAGUAUCAAAUCAACAAUAGGUUAAUUCUUAAGCAGCACAUCAAAAUAAUCUAAUCUAACCCCGUCACACCCCUCUGCAGAGACUGUGAAUUCCUACCUCACAAUUUCUAGACAGUCCCUCAGGUGAGGGUGUGGAGAUAGAAACCAUUAUGAACAAGUCGACAUUUUUGUGGACAAUACCAUUUGGCACCAUGGUAAUGCAGGAAUAAACAAGUGAAGCAGCUUUAAUGCAGUCACUUAUACCUUAUUUUGUGUGGAUAGUAGCACUGUUUCAGCUCUGAUUAUCUUGUGUCUUGUUCUGUGACUUUAAGUUCCGGGGUCACCCAGGGUUUGCUGUUGGAGAAACACUGUACUUUCCUGGUGGGUACAGUGUUCUCAACACAGAAGUUUAUGUAGUCCUUAAUGCAAUCUGUCAUGGUGUCGAUGUCAUCCCCAUGUGGGCCGCACAGUACAUCCCAGUCUGUGGUCUCACAACAGUCCUGCAGCGCCUCAGUGGCCUCCUCAGACCACCUCUUAACAUAACUGAUGGUGGGGGGUUGUUUCUUCACCAUAGGUAUGUAAAUGGGCUGCAGUCUCACCAGGUUGUGAUCUGAGCGGCCCAGCGGGGGGAGGGGGGAGGAGGUGUAUGCAUCCUUGGUGUUUGCAUACAGUAAGUCCAAAGUUUUAUUGUCUCUUGUUGGGCAUUCCACAUACUGGCUGAAGGUAGGGAGAGUGGAGGAGAGCGAUGCAUGAUUAAAGUCUCCAGAGAUGAUCAGAGACUGAGGGUGUGAUGGAGGAGGAGUUCACAGGCUGCAGCAGCAUCAGCCAAGGGGGGGAUGUAAACAGUUAACGUUAUGACGUGCGAAAACUCCCUUGGCAGGUAAUAUGGCCGCAAACUCACAGCCAGCAGCUCAAGCAUUACACCAUCUCUCAUUCACAUACACCGCUAUCCCGCCUCCUUUCUUCUUACCACUCUCCCUCAUGCUCCAGUCCGCUCUGACGAGAUCAAAUCCGUCCAAAGUUACGAGCGGGUCUGGAGUGAGUUCGUUCAGCCAUGACUCUGUGAACAUCAUGUUCACCUGGUAAAGACUUUUACUGUGUAGCAGGCAGCACCCAGCUCCAUGCCCCUUAGAAGUUUUGCACCACUAAGGUUUCUACAUUAUCUCCUAACUGACUGAUUGAAAGCAAGAAUUGAGAAUUGAGCCCUAAUUUGAUGUUACUGUCAUUGACCCCCCCCCCCCCCCCCCGCCUCCACUACCAGCAAGAUAAAUAAGUUAUGCACCUUAUUCCUGCAUCAGCAAGCACAACAUCAACUGCAAGUUCCUUCAAACUGCUGCACCAAGCUAAAAAGUGAUCUUACUAACACACUGGCUACCUGUGACUUUUAGAAUUGAUGCAAAGAUUUCAGGGCUUGUUUUAGAUCCUUAAAGACCCACUCUGAUUGCUUUUUUAAAAAUAUUUAAAGUGUUCUCAGUGGUCUUUAAAUUGUGAUUAUUAAGUUUUCUUUUGCCAAAAUCACGUUACCUGUGUCAUUUUCAAGGACAUUUCUUCUGCAAAGCUCCACUAGCUCGUUAGCAAUUCUCCUCUGAGUCAUGGGCUGCGACAGUGCUGCUCUGCACACUUCUCUUCACGCUAGUUUGCAGCCGAACAUUGUGCAGCAGAAGUGGCAGGUAACAUAAGAGCUUUUCAGCUCUUGGACAGUAAUGUCUUUGGCAACAUGAUGAAAGUUAAUAUCAGAAAAAUGUCAUAUGAACAUGUAGACUACAAGAAAUGCAUGAUUUUCAUUAGAGUGGGUCUUUAAAUGGCCAGACUCCUGCCUAUGUCAACCUCUGACCCCUUAUAAGCCUGACCACUGCCUAAGGUCAUCUAGCAGGGCCCUAGCUGUGGUUUGCCUGAGACAACUGAGCAUUUGCAGUCAAGGCUCUGCUGCUUCAGGACUCUGUCUGCUUGUAUAACUGAUUUACAAGCUCUGAAGUUGCAAACCCAGUUUUAUGUGUUUGAAGUUCUCUAGAAUUUUUUUUUUUCAUUUCAACACAAUGUCCCACAUACUGUGGUGACACCGUGACUGUUAAAAAUGUCAAAAUCUCUGUGAGGACCUUGAACCUGAGCCAGCUAUUUAUCAGCUAUCUGAAGAUGACAGCAAGGUGAAGUGACAAGAAAGGAGCCAAAUUCACCGUAUACCCAUGAGCCAAUCUCCUUCUUAUUACAGCCCCAUUUCCUUGUAAGUCAAACCUGACAAAUGACUUGUUGCUCAGCUGUAGAGCAGGUUUGCUGAGAGGCCAAAUCAACAAACAUCAGAGUCGCGGCACCUGAAUCCUCCAGACAGGUGUUGUCAGGUUUUGUGGCUCAGACCAUCUUUUGAAAGUGAAAGCGCUUGUUUGCACAAUAGCAUGGACUGACAGGCUGUUUGAAGGCUGAUCUGACUUGUGGCUCGAUCUAUAUUCACACCUGUUCACACCUGCUUAUUCACAUGCAAACAGAAGACACGCCUUCUAGAAAAAUGUCAAUAUCCUGAUGUUAUUUGUGGAUGUUUGUCUUUUACAGUUUAGACAAUGGAAAAUGUCUCUUCGGUGGAGCAGCCUGCAGCGAGUGUUGUGGGGUAGUGCCGCGCUUUCCAUCCUUAUUGGUCCGGAGUUAAAUGUGCAGAACUGUAUUUGUUCCAUACUUUGCAAAUGGUUUAUUUACUGCAACAACACCCUGACAAACUUCUACAAGACCAUCAAAGCUGUCACCGGCGUUGGCCUCUUUUUACCUGAUGAAGCUCUGGCUCAAAGCAUCGUCAUUCAAUGGCAAGUUUGCGAGUAAGAUAGUGUGCAGGAAUUGGCUUGCACUUUUGGAGAUAUUCCUCCGGGCACUGUAAUCUAAAUAUGUGAGGAAUUUUUCUUCUUUAAAAACUUUCUUGGAAAUAAAUUCCAUCCUUGCCUAAAUCACUUUGCGCUUCAGGCAAAUUCAGCCAGAAAAAUGUGAUAAUGUAGCAGCAUUCUUCUUUAGCUAAAGUAUCUGAGGCAUGUGCUGAUGAUAGAUUUUCCAGAGGUUAUGAACUUUUAUAUACUUAUAUAGUUAUAUAUUUAUGAUGUUGCUUUUAUAUAUUGAAUUUGAAUGAUUCUAGUCAAACUGCAGAAUCAGAAGGAAGAUCCUGAGAAGCUGACUUUCAAGUCAUUUAAAUUAAAGUGUAAUUCAGACUGCUCGAAACACUCAGGCAACACAAUCUAGCGCAAUCAGAGCACAAUUCUAUAUAUUCAGUAUGCUGAAAAAAAUAUAAGGGGUACAGUAAUACAAUUAAUGGUUUAGUACAUUUCUCCUUUUGGUCACAGUUUUUAGUUUUGCAGAACCAGUGAAGGAGGAAAAAAGCUAGUUAUCUAAAUCCUUAAACUAUUUCUUCAUUUGACUUUAAAGCACUAAAAAAAUACUUUAAGAUAUAUAAGUUAGAUACCAAAUUAAAGUAAAUAAACACAUGCAUUAUGCCAAGUACAGGCCAAUAGAUUAAAUCACUGAGUGUAAAGGCUCUACUGCUGUGAUUUGAUGCAUAUAGUAUGACUUUAAUUCAUUUCAUGUCUUUGGGGACAUAAUAUAACAAUUUUAAAUGCUUUAAUCUACUUCUACUUGAGCUGAGGAUCUAAACUGAUCACAGAGAUCAUUGUCAUGUUGCUAUAACAGAAAAGACAAGACAGUGCUUUUUUAGCCAAAUUUGAGCUAAAUCUUUGACAUCACCCAGUCCUGACAGGUUCAGCUUUGCAAAGAUAUGGUGAUCUAGACAGGUUAAAAUAGAGACACUUUAAAUUCUGACUGUGAAACCAACAAACCGGAUUUUUACCUCCGCCAAGAAGGUUAUGUUUUCGGUAGCGUUGGUUUGUUUGUCUGUUAGCAACUUUACGGAGAAAGUUACAGACGAAUUGACCUGAAAUUUUCACCAGAGGUGCGUCUCAGCCCCAGGAGGAUCCCAUUACAUUUUGGUGGUGAUCUGGAUCGCCUUCUGGAUCCAGGAAUUGAAGGAUUCUUUUUCAUUGUGAGAUAGGGAAAAUUUUGGAAUUUUUGCAUUUAACUCUAUAAAAAUGGCCAGAGUCUUUAGUAAAAAAAUUACACAAAGGAUCUCAAUGAGUUUUAUGAGGUGUCAAAGGUUGAUCCUGAUCCAGACAAAAUUCCGGAUACUGUGAUCCAGAACACACAAAAAUAAGGGUGUAGUUGGAAUUUUCAAUGCUGAAAGAUAACCAAUGAAGAUACAAGGAAGUAAACGCUUACAAAUAUUGCAUAAUAAAUCAUGCAUUUAUGUAUCUAAUAUGAUCUUUGUUGUUUUAGGGACAUUAUGAACAGUGAACAUACCAGUUUAAAUUCAAAUAAAAGUUAAUAAAAGACACGUAACAGUAAAAUUUUUGGUGUGAAUCACAAUAUAAGAGGGGACAUGAGCUGCUUGGCGGAGGUCUGCACUCUACGAGUGCUUUUCUAGUUUUGUUUAGGUUUCAGUCCAAUCCUUGAGAAAGAGUUUUGCAAACCCAGCAUGUGGUCUAACAAACAGAACUGAUUCAGGGGGCUUUUCAAUUCAAUUCAAAAAACUUUAUUUGUCCUCAGGGGACAAUACUGCAGGAAAACUAGUUCUAGCUAAACAGAUCGAUCAUCAAAUUUACUUCUUGGGGUGACGAAGCUUGCCAUUGACUGUUGAUCUUUGGACAGCGCCACACUUUCUGCUGUAUGCCUCGCUCUCAAAUGGCUGUGCAUACUUGUUGUUGAUUUGUGAUAUGCUAGUUUAACCUUGCAGAGUUUGCACUGCACUUGAUUUCUGUUUAUUUUCUCGAAGGAGCUCCACACAGAACUUUUAGAUGCAUGUGUAAGUACCUGCAUGUUUGUAUGAUUUGCAGCAUUACUGGCGUGACAUUUAGGGCUCUAUUUUCGUUCCUCGCUGGCGGCGUGGCGCAGGCGCAGCGUAAGUCAGGUCCGCCACGCCGACAAGGCAUGCCCAAGCACAUUUUGGUAUUUUGGUGAGCUGCGCCCCCUAUGUAUGCCCCCUCCCUAACUCAGCUCCUCCCAGCGGCGUAAGUCGUAGAGAGGGAGGAGAAAAGGCGUGGAGUGGGUUUAACACAGCCAAGACCUGUAUUGACCAAUCAUAUCAGCUCCUCUCCUCACCUUUAAAUCCGGCACCGGCAAGGCGUAUUACAAUUUUCAAAGAGUCAAGUCAAAGAGAUCAAGAGAUGGUUAAAGACAGCAAUGCCACACGAUGGCGACAGAAGGCAGCCCCUCCACAAGUGUCGCUGUAAGCGCUGCAGAGGGCAUCCUGCACACUUUCUCAAAGGGGGAUUUGGUGUGUGUAAUGUUGGACCCACCAGUAAGACAAACACCCUUUCCACAAAUAAAGACACUCACAUAAAGUUGCAUAUAUUCAAACCUCACGUGACAAAGGUGGGUUGUGUGCACAGAUCACAACAUAAAUUCCAAAAAUGGCAUUAAAAUUGGAUACACUUGUGCGUAAUGGACACAUCACCCUCCGUGGCCUGGCUCUUUCUUUCAUAGAUGUUGGCAUAUAAAAUGAUUUUAGCUAACACAACUGAAUAUUAUAAUAUUCAUAUGUAAGCCUAACUCCAGAUUGAAUAUUCACAGAAUUUUAAGGAUGUGAGGACAUUAGAAAAACGGGUUAUUUUAAAUGAAAGUUUCUUUAACUUUUUUGUUCAAAUUUUAGAAGUAAAUAAUUCAUCUUAUCACUAAAAUAAACCAUCUAUUCAGCCUUGCUGCCGCAGCAUCAGGACAGGGAGAGGACACGGGGACAUGUCCAAGUCAAGCUGUGCGAGAAAAAGGAGGAAGAGAGAAAGGGGGACAAAUUAAAUAUCUUGUUAACUUCAUCAUGUGUGACUGUUUACUGGGUAUUUAAUUUAAUGCGGUUUCAGCUGUGUUGAUUUGGUCAGGUUGAGUGUCCAAAUGCACUCAUCAGAUCAGAUAUAGAUCAGAAUAUAUCUAUAGACCUAAAUGUAUGUGCUGACUCAGAUUAUUAGUUGUUGUUGAUUAUUUAUUGCACUGAAAUGUUCCUGACACUGUGGAAACCUGCCAGUGAGGCAUCGGCGACGUAUGUGCACUACGCCUCCGGUCUACCAAAAUAUCACUAGACCAAUUGCACUCGCUGAAAAGCUGACCAGGUUUGAAUCGGCGAGCUUUUAGUGCACUUUUCACGUCGCUCACGAGCACGAAAAUGUCACUGCACCAGCUGAUUCUGUAGACACCUCCCCCUGCUGCACCACCACGCCCAGCUUGGCGGACCUCGGUACGCUUCAGUCUUCGAAAAUACCAAACUGGCUGUGCACCGGGCUCCGCCAGAUGAAAAUACCACUGCGCGGGGUCCGCCACCGUCCACUGCACCGCCGGUAGGCAUGAAAAUAGAGCCCUUAGUGUUAUUGCAUUAUCUCCAGAUGCCAGUAAAACGCCUUUUCUUUUGUUGUUGUUAAAAACAAAACCAUUGGUGCAUGAACUAUUCUAUUUUUUGAAUGUAAUGACUAUUUGAAUACUCGAAAAUCUAUGCCCAUCCCUAGUGGAGGCCAUCUGUCCUUAUUGUAGGUCCAUGUCUACACGCCUGUCCAUGUUAGCCAUUGGUCCAGCUGGAUAUUUAUAGGCCAGUUUAAUCCAGACAGAGCCAACAUACAACUUUAUCAAACUAUCUAAUAUCACAGCACUCUAAAAGAUCCCAUCUAACCUUUGUUCUUGGUUACAGUCAAGGGAUACAGCAAGAAGGUGGGCCAGUUAAUCAGAGGCACAGCACAGCUAGUAGCUGGAAGCUGUAUUACACCUAAGACACAGCAUUUACCAAGCAUUGCGGACCUUCAAUGAUCACGUUCACUGGCUCUUUCUAGCCGUAGUGAUAAAUGUUUGUCUAGCUAAGUGUGUACAUCCUGACAGAGUAUACUGUUAGUUUGGUGAUCUCAUAGAUAUUGGUUUGUUUUCAUUGAUAUGUUCGCAGUGAUAAGUAGGAGCAUUCAUUGAACAGCAUUCUGGCUGUCUGGCACAGUUGUGUAAGAAAAGGAAAAAUAAAAAAAAAACACUUAUUAACAGGUGAACCACUGAGUGUUUGGAAUAAACAUGAUUUAUAUGUAGUGUGGUAGACAAAGCAGGUAGCCAAUAUCUGUAGAUCAUGUCUGAACAGAUCUACUUACCUUUGGUUGCGAUCCAAUUAAUCCCUCAACCUGUUUGUUUUUCAUCAGGGUUUCUUUUGCAGGAAUGCACUUAUCCAGCAAAGCUUUGACUCAUAGCAGUUUCCAGUAGAUCAGGUGAUAAGUAAUGAUAACGACUGCUGAUUGACUCACUGCUGAUGUAGUUCAGGGAAAACACAUGAAUUUGAGUCAGACCUGCAGGGGUCUGAACAGGUAUUGCGUUUUAUGCUGAGGAUUUGUACACUGUCAACUGAAAUGUAUAUUUGUUAAGGCUUGUCAGUUUCCAUAUUGGAUACUAACAAUAGUUCUCUUGAUCAGGUUUGCAGAGGUUUUGGGGAAAGAAUGCCAGGCAGGUUGGGUUGAUGAGGCUAAAUGCUCUGUGAAGGAUCAAGAGGAAAAAAAAGCUAACGUUCUAUUGAAGGAUGUCGCUCCAGGCUGAAGGUUGUGAAAUGUGGUGUAACUCUUUGUUCCUGUAAACCAGUUCAGUUCCUCACCAAACUUUUAUUCCAGCCUAAAUCAGACUUGUUUUUCAAAUAUAAGACAUGUUGAACAUUUCUUUUUACCACUUCGGGGCACAGUAGUUGUUUUUUUCACUUUACUAUUUCAUCAGAUUAAGGCCGGACAUCUUGAAAGUAGUUAAACUUAAACUAGCUGUAGUUAAGCUCACAGCCCCCAGAUGCCUGCUCAAGAGUACUGCUGAAAACCACUCUACUCAUUGUUUAUUUCUAUUUUAACUACAUGGUUUGAAUGCUUUUAGUGAGGAAGCCCCUGUGUAUAACUCAGCAUUGCAUGUACUUGUGAAUAAAAGUCUUAUGUCCAAAAGCGUGAGACAAACUUAGCUAACAUUAGUGUCAGCUCAGCCUGCAGCCCCCUGACGAUUUUAACCUAAGAGCACUUAAAUCAGUUGGUCUAAACUGUUUAAUUGCUGUCUCUUCUUGUAAUUAGAAGUCUUUUUAAUUGAUCAUUUGAUCCACACACUUUCAGGAAGCAGCUUUGUUUUGUUUUGCGUGAUUCAUGCAGUUGUGACGUCCAUAUUUGCAUGUUUUGUAAUACACAGUCUGUUGUGACAUAGCUAACUUGCACAACCAGUUAUUGACGAGAUAAAUUAAUACACGCUGUAUCAUUUGCUCUGGUCAAUUAACUAAAUGAUUCACAGGAAUGUCUGCCCUUUGUGCUGCUUUCUUUUGUGCCUGAUGCUGCAGGUUAAGAAUAACAUCUGCCCUCUUAAAGUCGACUUCCUUCUAUAGUUCUAUCGUUGACAGAUCCAUCAACGGCCAAUUGAAACAGAGGCUUAAAUGCAUUUGAACCAUACCUGUCAAUGACUUAAUUACUAACCCACAAGCACUUAGGGUUUGUCUCGGCUCCUGUUGUCUCACAAGGUGUUUCUCAGUCAGGAGUGACUGAAAGUAGUUAAGUAAUAGCUUGACACGGUUGUGUUCACUGCAAAUGGAACAUGCAGCUAAACAGAGUAUAUAUAGGUUGAUAAAAUCUCUUGUCUUUGUGAAAACUUCUCCAGCAAGCUCUGCUCCGACUAUUGUUGUCUGUGUUGUCUGGGAAAUAAUGAGUCUGCCACCAGAACAACCUGAAAUACAUCCUUCACAAGAUCAGCUCCUACCAUUUCUACACAUAACAUCCUGUUUAGUGUGUCAAUCAAAAUGUGGAAUAAGAAUUACGGUUAGACACCUUAUAUGUUUGCCAAAUACUUAUCAUUAAAUUAAAUGAAGACUCCCUGUUCUGACCCAAAACAAGCUUAUUAGCUUGUUUACGCUGUAGGUUUCUGCACCCACAACGACAACAACUACCAGGAUGAGCAAAAAAACAGACUGAAAAUCUGCCUUGCUUAAUUUGUUUGCAUAAGUCUCUGUGACAGCAUGUGCAUGUUUACAUUUUACAGUCAUGUGACAAACAGACUCUGCAUGUAGAACAGUAAGGUCUGUGUAUGUGUGUAUGUGUUUGAGGUAGGAGAUGCUGCUCUUAAGUCAUAUUUAAUGGAUGUAUAUUUUGUAUCAGUGCUGAUGAUCAGACUGCUUAUGCAGAUGACCAACAUGCAUUUUCAACAGUCUAACAGUCUGUGGUUCAGCUCCGAGUGUUUUAUUGAAAUAUGGUGAUUCUGCAUUGAUUGGCAUUUUACCAGACAGUCAUACAUUGGUUUAUCUUUAUUGCUUUGAUUGUCUUAAACGUGUUGCUGAUUUGCAGAGCGAGAACAUGUCAGAACCUUUUUGGAUCACGACUCCAAAUGUCACCUGUUGCAUUAUGUAAAAAAUGGACAGGAUGUGAAAUGCAAUGAAAACAGUCUGCAGAAAAUGUUAAAAAACUCUGGGAAAAGUGUGUCUUUCAGCCAAAAUGGGCACAUGGGCUGAUGCAAAACUUGAGACACAAGAAAAAGCCUUACACUGAACUGCUAAAUUAGACUGGGUAUCAGUUCCAGCUGAUAACCCUGGUCCUGACAGGCUGUUUUGGUGUGUAUUGUGUACCUGAGGACUGUUUGAAUUGUACUUUGACAGCUGUGAUACUGCUGAGUUUGUUGAUUCAGUGUGUCACUGUUAUUCCAGUCAUGUUUGUCAUUAUUCGCUGCUUUUCAAUAGUUCCAAAGCAAUGAGUUCAUUGAAAGAUUUGAGCCAAAACUGUGGCUAUAAAGAGUGUAUAAUGCACCAGUCGUAGCGUCCUGUAUAUUGCUCUUAUGUUUCUGUUUUUGUGCUUCAUGGCUGUCAGUUUAUCAGUCGGUUUAUUAAAUUCUGAAGACACUCUGGAUGGUCCUGUGUGGCAUGCUGAAAAGUGCUCAGGAUGGUUGGGUGUUAACUCCAGUGCAAACACUUUGUGUUGCCCCUUUAAGCUGCAGUGGGCCUUCACUCACACAGCCAUUAAAAUAAAGCAGGGAAGGAGCAAAUAAGCAGGUAGGAUGUAAGCAAACAUGACCUGGAUUGGAGCAUGAAAGUGGCACUUGCUGUUAAACCUCUGGAUUUCUAUAUUGAAAGGUGAUACCGCCGACUGUACUGGAAAGUGCGCAUUCAUGCUGAGAAUCAGAGUUUCUGCACAAGCACAUCUCCAGGUCUGUAAGAGGAGGGGAUUUCAGCAGAACUGUUGGCUGACUCAUGUUUUUCCAAGUUAAUAGACGUUGUUUUUUGUGAAAGGUAUUUGAAGAAUACCACAGUUCACUGUUUUAACAGAAAAACUCUGAGUGAUUUAAGGGGACAUGCAGUUAUACCUGUCCAACUUCUGUGCCUCCAAACUCAUGUGUCACUACUGUUUUACAUUUGCAUAAAACAAAACAAGACAGGGUUGCUGAUUCCUUUAUUAGUUUGUCAGAAAAAAAUAUUCUAUUUGCACAUAAUAUUGCAAAAGCUUGGUGUAAACUUGUAAUUCAAUAAUUUUAUACAUCUACUUCUAUGCUGAGAAGUCCCUGAGGUUAAAUGUUAGAAACAAACACCCGUAAAAGUAGUCCACAUAAAAGUUGUUUUCCAGAUUUUAUAGACUUGGUAUCCUGCAGGGUCUCUAUUCCAAAUUGACAGCUCAGUACCUGUCGAGAUAAUAAUGCCAUCAUGCUUUGAAGGGAAUUUACUCGAAAAAGAAAAAGCUUGAGGAUCAGAAACUGGAGCUCCUUUUUAUUAAAGCUCCUUCAGUUGUAUUUUGACGGUUUAAAGAGAAGCAGUUGCUGAGAGAUUUGUGCAGGCUGUAGAAACCAGAGAGGCAUUUUAUUUGCUCUACUCCCGAUAUUGAAGGUGCAGUGUGUUGCUUUUAGUAGCAUUCAGCUGCCAUCUUGCACCUCCAUCUUUCUACUGUAACACAGAGGGGACAAAGUAGUAACAUGCAAGCUUUUCUAUUGAGAAAGCAGCUACAAAAAUGCACCAGCUGGAAGUUUUUGUGCAAAAAGAAAUUUCCUUCAUGAUGUUUCUGAUGGUAAAACUUGUCAAAUGGGUAUCAUCUUUAUCAUUCAUUACUGGAGCUUCUGGUCCUUAAAGAUGGGGUAGGGAGGAUCUGAGGAGGUGCCAGUUUUUGGGGAGGAAUCUUGAAUGUAAACACUAGCCCUCCCAACCAGUUUUCCCCUCAGCUCCUCCUCUCCCCUCCCGCUCUGCUCCAGCAAGCCCCGCCCAUAAACAGCAUUGGUGCUAUUAGGGCUGCACGAUAUAUCGUUUGAGCAUCGUCAUUGCGAUGUACGUGUGUGCAGUAGUCACAUCGCAGAGCUUGCGAUGUCUGAGGUGAAUGACCUCAUCUAAUUUCAAGGGUAACUGACUGAGAAACACGGCAUGUGACUCUGCAUGUGCUGUGCAGCGAUCCACCAAUCACCUUCGUUCUUUACUCAGUUGCCAAUCAGACUACCCUGCCAGCUGUCAAUCAAAAUCAGAGAGGAGGAAACCCACCCCUGCACAUGUUCUGCACAUGGAGUGAGUCGCUGGCGCUAUUGGAGUUGAUCCUAGAAAUGCGUGUCUACAUAUGCACUACAUUUUUGUCAGUGGUUACGUUUUGAGAAAAGGUUAAAAAAAGACGUUUUAUUUUCAAAGUAAAUUUAGAUGAAGUUGUCACUGAAUAAAAAAUCAAAAAUUGAGUUUUCAGAAAAAAAAAAAUUGGAUUUUAUAUUUGGCCAAAAUCAUGCAGCCCUAGACUAGACGUCAUCAGUUUUUUCCAUUUCUGUGAGGGAUUCAUUGGAUUUUUGCACAUAUCCAAUUCUGCAAUAUUUUCAAACUCAUUUUGACUGAUAUACCAACAUAGAUACCAAUAUAUGCCAUGUUUCUUUCCUGUAAUAGAACUUGCCUGUCAUUCAGUCUAUAUGUUUAAGAAAUACCCUUAAAACAAUAUAAACAUUUGAUUCUUAGAUACAUUUAUUCCUUUUAAACAUAGACAUUCAAUAAUGUGUCUGUAAUAUUUACAGCACUUUGCCACAUGUAGACUGUCUUGUGCUGUGCUUUACUUUUUUCCUGUAGAUGAUAAUAGCUGCAGAAUUUUGACUAAUUUGUCACCAGUACUGAACUUUCGAAGCUAUUAUCUGCUGAUACCAAUACUAUUCCAAUAUUAUUGUGCAUCCCCAGUUUCUGCACACUGAACCUCUGAACAGCUGAGUCUGAUAGAGCUAUGAUGUAAUUUUAACAGCUAAAAAUUGCAGCAGGAAAAUCAUUCGAAAGCUGUUUGGUUUCAGGCAGGCUUAAGUCAAAAAUGCGUGAACUAAAAGUGACCACAGUGAUGACUUGAAAAAUAUACUGCCAUCAUACAGCUUUAGUGUCAGACUGGAAUUGGGCUUUUAGUUUAUUGACUUUGAGUCAAUGGAUGAUGAAAAGAAUUCCACAAAAGAGAACAUAAGAUAAAGUAGAUUCAUGCCACUUAAAGAUAUUUUCCUAAAGUCAACAUGUCAGCUCUGAGAUCUGCCAUAUUAAUAUUCUCCUGAUCUUAUAACAUCACAGCUGUCUCUCAGAGUGAGUUGUAGUAAUAAAAUACUGCAUGCAUGUCAUUUCUUCACUUUGACUUACUUUCUGAAGUUUGAUCCCAUAUGUUCAGCUGUAGUUUUAUUUAGGAGUAUAAUGAGGUCUGACUUUGCAGACACUUGAAGGUCUUCAUGAAUAUGUUGACUUGUUUCCUUCUGCACACCAUGACACUCUAGUGGAAGUGUACUGUGGUGGCUACAGUCUGCUGGUUGUUACAGACCCGCCCAGCAUCUGGCAAACAGUCGUCCUCGCUGAAAUUGAUCCAGCCACUCCCUAACGCACCCUAGCUCUGACAAACAAGCAUUAUGUUUUCAGUGUGAAGCCAAUUUAUAUCUCCAGGUUAUGUAUUGAUCCACUUCAUAAAUGUUUGAUAAACAUGUCAUUUAUUACUUUGCAUAACAUUAGACCUUUAAGCCCUGAAGACAAAUGAAGACUUGUUAACACAUGACUAGGAGAUAAUAAGACCAAAUGCAGAGUAUGAGCCUCCUCUGUUUGCUGCAUGAGCCUCCUCUGUUAGCAGCAUGAACCUCCUCUGUUAGCAGCAUGAACCUCCUCUGUAAGCAGCAUGAACCUCCUCUGUUUGCUGCAUGAACCUCCUCUUUUAGCAGCAUGAACCUCCCCUGUUUGCAGCAUGAACCUCCUCUGUUUGCUGCAUGAACCUCCUCUGUUUUUUCUGCUUCAAACAUCAGCUCAGCUCCAACUUUCCUACUGGGCACCCUGACCUUGGAACAAUUUCCAUCAGGCAGGAGUCCAGCAUUGUCCAGUCUGUGUGUCAGCAUUGGUUGUUAAUGUGUAAAGUAGUAAAGUUACAGCUCCCUCUUUCAGGUUGCUCCUGGUUUUCAGUUGUCUUAUAUUAGAACUGGAUAUCCUCCAUAAACAGCCUUCAGUGACUCAUUACACCCCUCAUAUACACAGUGAAGGGUGAGUCAGUUGAAUGCUUUCCAUCCCUUGUUUGAUUGUAUCCAGUAGUUCAGCUCUGCAGAUCAGUCUGUAGAGUUGCUGAGCUCUCUGAAAGCUGUUUGUCUUAUUUGUCUGAUUGUUUCUGGGAAAUGAAAGAUGACUUUUUGUUAGUCUUUUCCUUUUCCCCGUAGCAGCAUGUUGUAACAGUGGAGUUGUAAUUUCUGGGGAAGGUGGAGAAGCUGCAGUAGAAGCAGAGAUGUUUUGAUAUCAGCGUUUUUACUGGCUUUGAACAUUGUUUGAAACUUUGCUUUUGUCUUCCAGUAAAUUAUGGAGCAAUGAUAACGAAUAUCUACAGUGGCAUUCAAGCAGACAAUACUUUGCUUCGAGCCAUAAAAAUGCCAGCUCUCUGUGUUUUUUUUUCUUCCCUAAAUAAUAUCUGGAGUUGUCCAACAAGUCACCAAACUGGACUGGAUAAAUGCCAGUAUACUUAUAGGUUUAAGUAUCUAAAUUUAGACCUAGAAGAAAAAAGAUAUGAGAAAUGUUUUUAAAAUCAUUCAAAUGGAAGUAGUUCAUGAUGUUUGUAUAUGGAACUAGUCCAAUACAGAAGUGGAUGUCUUCCAUCACGCUGUGAUACAUAAGUUUGUUUUGAAGAGCAUUUAAUACAUCCAACAAAGCUCAGGGUGAUCUAGAAAUGUUCCCCUCACAUAGUCUGUCCAGCAGAGCAAACAAAUCUAGUACACUGAAAAUGGUUUUACUUAUUUUUACACCUGUAGUUUCUAACAUCCAGUGCCCUCUUGCAGGCUCUCAUCCUGCAUUUUUGAGUUUUCUUUCUUUUUGACAAGUCAGUGAAUUUAAAUUGUAGUUAGAACAACAUAGAACUGAGUCAGUUUGUAACAUCCUGAGCCGCCAAAUUUUGGUCUCAAAGAUCUCAUGUUAGUUGGGUUUAGGUUGACAGAAGUUGGUUCAUGCAUGUGCAGGGAAAAUGUUUUUUUUUAGACUUGAUUUUAACCCUGCAGAUGUGCAGUUUGAUUGGUGCAGACGCAUACCAAUCCAAAUACUUGCAGAACUAAAGGUAAUUCAAAUCCAUGGUCCCCACAUGGACCAGAUAAUGGGAAAGCACCAGCCUUUGCCACUGAGACGUUGGUUUUCCUGAACUUACUUUCUCAACAAUUCACCGCCAAACACGCUGAGUUGAAAUUCGUCUUACAUCUAUGUUCCGUUUCCUGCUGCGAGCUCAAACUGUGCCACCUGUGAUCAUCUGUGUGUGAGUGUGUGUGUGUGUGUGUGUGUGUGUGUGUGUGUGUGUGUGUGUGUGUGUGUGUGUGUGUGUGUGUGUGUGUGUGUGUGUGUGUGUGUGUGUGACAGAAGGGGUUGGAAGGGGAAGAACACAGAGUGCUCUCAUUGAAUAAAAGUAAAAUGUGUCUUCUUUGGGGAAGAAAUGCCCAUGAACUAAAAACAGGUCCUCUCCUGUCCUUAUUCUAAAAAGAAGAAACACAAAUAUGCAUAAACAAAGUGAUCUGGAAAGCCCAAGACCUAAAAGUGUGAACUUCAGCUGCCCUUUCACAUUUAGCAGCUUCAACUUAAGCUUAAAUCACAUUUCCAGCUCUGGUAGCAUUCACUCUGAGAAUGUAGAACAGCAACAUUUCAACAUUACGCAGCAUUUCUCCAGAGUCUCUUACUCUCAUUCAUAUGUUGAUUGUUUUCAGACAAAGAGACAGCAUAGGUGAGCUCAGGAGCAUCUAGACAAAUAAUUUUUCCUAAAGCUUCCUUUUCUUCUCAAACAGAUCCUUUUAUCCCUGAAACACCAAUCUUAACCCCCUGAAAUAUUUCCGGGCUGACAUCAGUUUCCAUGGUUUGUCGAAGCCAUAACAGCAAAGAGUUCUCGUUAAAACCUCACACCUCUUUGUGUGCUUCAACAGUAGAGCUUUGUCUGCAACAAAAAACAGUUUCAGACAUGUUGGAGCUGGUUCAAGCCUGCGCAUUGACAGAGACCUGGAGGAACAGACUUCAUGCAAAUCGUUUGACAACUUUAAAAAGGACAGGUGUCAUUCUUACAGACAGAUUGUCCAUUUGGAUGCAGAGGUAGGAAUUAGCUCUCAGAGAGAGCUGUGGAUGAUGACACUUGGAUCUGAGCCGUAUGUGCUCGCAGACAUUCCCUCUCUUUCUGGUGUCAUGUGAGGAUCAGAGGUCAGAGGGUGCAUCACUCACUUUUUCCCCUUCACACUAAGCUUCUGUUGAAUUCACCGGCCAUCAGAAAGCCCGCCCUUUUAAACCCAGCCCCAACUCUUUGAUAUGUAAGUCUUUAUUGUAUGUUUGAUUUGACUUUAAAGCCCAGGUGCAAACCUCAGGAUCACGGGCAAACCCUCAGAAAAAUAAAGCUUUGGCAGGUGGCCUUUCAUGCUGCAUUUAGACCCUUUGAACUUAUGAGAGAGUUUCUCAUUCAUGCCACUAAAAAUACACAAAUUCACUGACAGGAUAAUUAUUUUUCAACUGCAAUGUUAAUGCAAGAAUUAGCUUUAUUUUAUAAGAUGUGUUCACACAGUCUGCAUAUAUAUUUUAGUGCAGAUAUACCAAUAUAAAACUUUCCAUGCAUAUGGAGAGACAGACAGAGAGAUAAAGAAUCUGACAACUUUUCUACUAUUUACAGCCUUCUCAGCAUUGUAUGCAGUAAUGGGGGAUGUGAUACUGGGAAAAACUGUCAUUAAGAGAUGAUAUUUCUGUAACGUAACAUCUGAUACAAGAUACCCUGCUUUUUGUUUGUAUGCACCCUCAGACUGCAUGAUAUGAGAAGAAAUCAAAGUUUAGCUUAAUGUAGACAUCAGAUUCUAGAUUGAAACGCUCCUCUGCUCACCUCUCUUAUCAGAGAGGCGAUAGUGGCCUCCAACUCCAAGGACAAGAAGCUUCUGUGAUUCACAGGAGGUAUGAUUUGUCAUGUUCUUUUUUGUUUCCUCUGCAUGGAAAAACAAUUUUGCCCACCACAUUCACUGAAAAAUGUAGAUGUUUUAGUAAAAAAAAAAAAAAAUUCACUAUUGCGGUCAAAGCAGUAAGAAUUUGUAAAAAUGUUUCCAAAUCAGUCGAAUAUUCUAGCGCUACCUGAGACUAAUUGUACAAAGACAAAUCUUCCCUGCACUUAUCUGUCUGUUUGUAACUCCAAAAAAACAUGAUGACACUUAGCCUGAUACUGUAGGCACAUCCUUCGAAUGUCGCACUGGAGUGAAAUCAGUUGAGGCCUGAAAUCUCAUGUCACUACACACAUCAGUUCACAUGUUUGAGUAAUCCGUUAUAAAACUUGAUCCAGCAGCAGAAUCUGGGUUAGAGCCUCCUGCUCCCCUCUCUGCACAUGUUUCAGCCUGAGCAGAGCCCGGUGUCAUUUAAUCCCAGUAUGUCUGUUUGAUUGACUGAAAACAAGCUCCUGCAUGUUUCUUUGAGAAAAUAGGAAAUCUAGAUUCCUGUCAGACACUUAUGCUCUAAUAAAUAACUUUGUUUAAAAAUGUCAUUUUUCAAUCCAUAUUGAAAUAUUGUGUGUAGGCUUAGCUCUGCGGGUAAGCUGUGUCAUAUGAGUUUUCAAUUUAAGCUUCUAUGAGGAACGUCUGGUUAAUGUCAAUCCUGGCGCCCCCUGUGGACAAAGCAAUCUUUCCUUACUUUGUCCAUGACAUGCUUUAGAGGUGAUUCAUUACAGCAAAUCCCCCCCUGCAGACUUUUAACCGUCAGAUGUGUCAUUCAUUGUAAAUAUAUUUUAUGAGGAAAUUGAAAAAACAUGGCUGUUUCUUCAACUGUGAGGCUUGGACCUACCCCCUCGUACUGGAUAAGACAAUAAGAAUAUGGGUAAAGCAAUCUUCAGUUUUAUCUCUUUUAGUCUUGUACAUCAUUAAAAGGCAUCAGUGUGAGUUUCAGUCAAACAUCUUAUCACCAAACAUGGGUCUGGUAAUCUCACUAAUUAAUAGAGAAGCAUUAAUAGUGGACAAAGAGUGUAAUGGAGUCUCCAUGACAGAGUUAAUGUCAACAACAAUUAUGCUCAGCCUUACAUCAGCUGUAUUACAAAUGAAAAGAGGUGCAGCUCAACCUCAGCAGACUUAAUCUUUCAGUGUACUCCUGGUACCUUUGACCUUCAUUCAGAGUUCUCCACCAUGACAAACAGACAAACAAUAUAGUCCUCUCAGAAGUGUUUUUUAGGAUCCUAGGAAUUUGCACAAGUGUCCUGGGCUCACCCAAACAAUCCUCCCUGUCUCCUCGUGGAGCUCUGCAAAAUGAUACCCUUAAAGCUGAACAUGAUAUUUGUCUCAUGUUUUUAAUUUUUUAUUUAGCGCAUUUAAAAACCAUUAUGUGGUUGUAAUAACAUCAACACUAUGUGCCUGUUCCAUCAGGCUGGAGAAGGUGAGGCCUGCACAAAGAAUGUAAAUAUGUGCAACAGACAGUCCUCUGGAUCUGCUGAGUGUUUCACAGUUUCAGAGUGUGGAUUAAUCCUCUCUGUAGACUGUGCUUUGGGUUAUUGACAUGGCCUCAUAAAGCAAAGAACUGGGUACUCUAUGCAACAACCCUUGGAAAGUUUGCUGCUCUGGGUGAUCUUAUAAACAUUUCCAGUAAUAAAUACCAGAAAGUUCUCCAGCAGUUCAAGUGUGAUCGCAGAGCGGCAUUAAAUAAACAAUUUUCGCAGUGUUGGACGGUGUAGGCACAUGGAGGUCAUAUCGUGUUCUGCAUGUUUCAGUUUAACCUCCAUCAGGACUCCACCUUAGAUUCUGACUCCAGAGUACUGCCUCUUGUUUUCAUUGUCUUUCCAGUGGCUCUGCUGUAAAACUUGUCUGACUCUGCCCCCUAGUGGGAGAAAAAAGACAUUACAUAGAAUGUUGUUGGGGUGGUCUUGGGUGGCAGCUACAGAGAAACACUAUCAAGAUAAUGCUACAGGUGUUUAUAAUUAUGUGUUCAGUCAACAGAUAGUUUCACAAAUAUAACUGAAGUUAUUGUGGUAAAAUGGUGAUUAAAACCAUUAUCUCUCACUCAUUGAUAGGACAGUCCUCUGCUUAAUUCUCAAGGAUGUGUCUGUAGGGAGCUCAAAGGAAAGACUCUAGUCCUUUGCACUGAAAGGACUAACUUGAUGUGGUUCAGGUAUCUGAUAGGAAGGAAGCCUCUCUUUGAAGGUCUUCAGGGAAUGUCCAACUUGGGGAAUACCCAGAACAUGUAGGUGGGAUGAUAUAUUCCAUCUGGCCUGGGUAAACCCCUGAAUUUCCUCAGGGGAGCAGGAAAACCUGCAGGGGUGGGAGACUUUGGAGGAAUUUGCUUUGCUUGCUGCUGCUGUGACUCAACUCCAGAUAAGGGGAAGAGAAUGGACGAAUGAAUAAGGCAAUACAUAAGUAAACAGUCUUUCUGCACAGUGGGUUGAAGACUUUUUGAACCAUUUAUAUGCAAGGUUUAAAGUGCAUGGUGCAAAGUGACUCAGUGGUGCACAAACACAGAGCAAAGGUGUUGGAUUGAAUCCUCUGAGUAUAUUUCUAAAUGUGAUUUUAAAUGAGCUCUGAGAUUUGACUGAUAUUUAACUGGUUGUUUGUCCUUUCCUUAAAGUCUCACUCCGGUGUUUUUUUUUUUGUUGUUGUUUGUUUGUUUGUUUUUUACUACUUAAAGUGUUCUCAGUGGUCUUUAAAUUGGGAUCACGAAGUUUCUACCAAAAAUUGCAUUACCUGUGUCGUUUUCAAGGGCUUUUCUUCUGCAGAGCUCCAGCAGCUCAUCAGCAAUAUGCCUCUAAGUCAUGGGCGGAAAAAGCAGUGCUCAUGCUAGCAAGCAGGUCACAUAGGAGAUAUUCAACUCUCAGACACUAAUGUCUUUUGGGACACAAUGAAAGUACGUAUCAUAGUUAGCUUUCUUACAAGCAUUGCAAUCCGCUAACGUACACACUUGUUCUGCGAUCGUUCUCUGUAUUUCUCCGCUAUAUGCAGAGUGUGGCCUGCAUAGCAAGGCUCUGGGGGUGGGGCUUGGAUUGGUUAUGUAAGAAAUCUCUCUGUUUCUGAACUUGCCAUUUGGGUCUGCCAGAGAAUACUCAGAAAUGCAAUUUCACAUUUAUUUUUCUUAUAUGUCCUGUAGCAUCAGAAAAAUACCAUAUGAACAUGUAGACAACAAGAUAAACAUGGGGCUCUAUUUUUGUGUCCACCGGUGAGGCGACGGAGGGUGGCGGACCCCGCGCAGUGGUAUUUUCGUCUGGUGGACCCGGCAUAUAGCCAGUUUGGUAUUUUCAUGGACUUAGGCGCACCGAGGUCCACCAAGCUGGGCAUGGUGGCGUGGCAGAGGGAGGUGUCAACAGAAUCAGCUCAGUGACAUUUUCGUGCCCGCCGGUGGCGUAUAAAGUGCGCUGAAAGCUCGCCGAUUCAAACCUGGUCAGCUUUCAGUGCAGGCGGAGUGCAGCUGGUCUAAUGGUGUUUAGGUAGACCGGUGGCGUAUCGGCAUACGUCACCGAUGCCUCACCGGCAGGUUUCCACAGUGUCAGGCACAUUUUAGUGCAAUAAAUAAUCAUCAACAACUAAUAAUCUGAGUCAGCACAUACAUUUAGAUCUAUAUAGAUAUUCUGAUUUAUAUCUUAUAUGAUGAGCGCGUUUGGCACGUUUUUGGAUACUCAACCUGACCGAAACAACACAGCUGAAACCGCAUUAAAUUAAAAAAAUAUCUAGUAAAUAGACACACAUGAUCAAGUGAUCAAGAUAUUUAAUUUGUCUGCCUCCUUUUCUUUCUUCCUCUUCCUCUUAUUUCUCGCGCAGCUCUACCUGGACAUGUCUCCGUGUCCUCUCCCCGUCCUGCUGCAGCUGCAGCUGCAGCUGCUGCUGCGGCGGCUGAACAGAUGAUUUGUUUCAGUGCUCAGAUGAGUUAUUUACUUUAAGCCUACACACGAAUAUUAUAAUAUUCAGUUUUGUGAGCCAAAUUUAUUUUAUAUGCCAACAUCCAUAAAGAAGGAGCCAGGCCAUGGAGCGCGAUGCGUCCUUUACGCACAGAUGGUUCCGAUUUUAAUGCCAUUAUUGGAAUUUAUGAUGUGAUCUUUGUGCACAACCCACCUUUGUUACAUGAGGUUUAAAUGUAUGCAACUUUAUGUGAGUGUCUUUAUUUGUGGAAAAGGAUGUUUGUCUUACUAGUGGGUCCAACAUUACACACACCAAAUCCAUCUGUGCUCAUAUGAGAGAGUGUGGAGGAUGCCCUCUGCAGUGCUUACAGUGACACUUGUUGAGGAGCUGCCUUCCGUCGCCAUCUUGUGGCAUUGCUGUCUUCAGACAUCUCUUGAUCUCUUUGACUACUUCACAAAAAUAGUAAUACGCCUCGCCGGUGGUGGAUUUAAAGGUGAGGAGAGGAGCUGAUGUUAUUGGUUAAUACAGGUAUCGGCUGUGUUAAACCCACUCCACACCCUCUCUCCUCCCUCGCUACAACUUACGCCGCUGGGAGGAGCUGAGUUAUAGAGGGGGGAUACUUACGCCGGGCUGCGCCGCUCACCAAAAUACCAAAUUGUGCUUGGGAACGCCUUGUUGGCGCGGCGGACCUGACUUACGCCACGUCUGCGGCACGUCUUCGGCGAGGCACGAAAAUAGAGCCCAUGAUCUUUAUCAAAGUGGGUCUUAAAAGACCCUCUUCAAAUGUCUCUGGGACUCUGCACAUGUUUCUUUCAUUUUUGAUCAUUAAAAUAAAUCAGAGGACUCCAUCUACAUAAUAAAACACCUCUCUGAAAUGACAGUGAGGUGUUAAAGCUCUCCAGAUUUCACCAGUGUAGUGAAGAUAAAGAUAGGAUCCUGAUAAACUGAGAUAGGGUACUGAUAAACUGAUAUUGUUGCAUGACACAUUAUUUGGUGAUGUGCUGAUGUCUGUUAUGCGGGCUGAUAUUUGCCCAUACUGAUGUUAAACUGAUAUACAGGUGUAACUCUUUGUGAUUAUUCGAUAAGUUCUGGGCGUAUCAUGAAUCAAACCAAUUGGUAUGUCUGCUCUCUGUCCCUGUAAGAGCCAGGUGAGCCUGCAGGCUGGUGUGUUCCUUUUUACACAACAUGAUUGCUUUAGGUUACAAAUGACAAUGACCACUUUGCUCUGUGCUAAACCAUCAGCACUUUGUAGAAGAACUAGCCUAUGCAUACAUAUAUUGGUGCUUCUUUUUUGUUCUAUGGUUAACAUUUAAUUAUCCAAAAUUUUAAGCCAAAGCUUAAAGUAUAAGGUUUUCAAAUCUAUAUGAUUGUCUUAAGGUUUUAAAAAAAUGCAAACAUUGUGUUAUUAUCAGAUUUUUGUCAAUAAAUGCAUGCAGAAUACUAAACCAAAGCUGCUAAUCAUGUCUGCAGGUAUUUUAGAAGAUACCUUGAAAGACUCAGAGUUUGCAUGUUCUCCCCCCUGCAUGUACAGCUUCUUUCUGUGGACUGGAGCUUCCUCUUACAAACCAAAGACACCCCUGUCAGGUGGUUUCCUAACUCUGAGAUUGCCUCAAGGUGUUAGAGUUUGUGAAUAUUUUUUGUCCCAUGUGUGAUAGAUUUGUAACAUAACGCAGUGACAGUUUGGAUAAGCUCCCCUUUGCAUUAUCUUUACUCCUGGGAUAAGAGGGAAAGAUUAGCUUUGUUUAGGUGUUGCUUUCUUUGUGCUCUGUGCUAGUAAACUCAUUAUCCUGUCAUUGAUCUUCACUGUCAUUAAAGCCAGCAUUGUCUUGGUGUCAUUUAGCUGCUUGUUUGUUGUCUGAAUGAGGUCAAAAGCCGUCUGUCAUUCAACGAAUGUCUCAGCGACCGCUCAUCGCUCUAGUUCCAGACUGGGUGUGAGCUGUUCGCAAACUUCUCCUCCUGAAAAAGGACACGCCUCCUCUCCUCAUGCCUCACAUGUGUCCGACAAUCCUCGCAGGCACUCUAAUUGAUCAGCAUGUGUGGUUUGCUGCAGGGGAGUGAAUGUUGUCUUUCAACUGUCAUAUUGUCUGCGUCCUCUGUGUGUGUUUUUCCAACCAGCUGAAGACAGAAUAGGAAACGUCACUGCGGUUCAGAUCAAUAUUAAGUGACUGUGCACGCCUGUGAACACCACCAUGUUUGAGGUGGUUUCAUAUUUUUCUUAAUCAACCGAAAGUGUUUAGUUCUGUUUCUUAAUAUUUCAUCUUUAGUUUGGUUUACAAAAUGAAAUCAAAAGAGCAGCCUGUCAUAUCCCUUUUGGAUAGGUUUUCAUAAGAGGAGACUGAAGACUUUAUAACCCUGUUAAACAUCAACACUGAAUAUUGAGAGUAAUAACAGACCAGUGAGUGAGAUAACAUCCUCUUUCUCCCACUCCCUCUCUCUUUCCUUCUCUCUCUCUCUCUCUCUCUCCUUGUUUCCUGCCUCUCUCGACCAGGAGCUACGACCAGAUGAGUAUUUCCACAGAGUGCAGUUUCCGCACUGAGUCGGACUGGGACCCUCACUCUGAGUCGGCCUCCAUGAUCAGCUUCGACAUGAGUCAGCUACAGGGCCCCGUUUCUCCCUCGAAAUUCUUCAAGGUUGGUUUUAUGUCUUAUUUUUACAUAUUUCAGGACAAAUACAGAGAAUAGCAUGUGUUAAUGAGCAUGCAUGUGCAAACAUACUGUACAAAAGUACAGUAUGUGCAGUACAGUGUUAGGACUGGCUUUUAUUUCAUGUCUUUGCUUGAACAGAGACUUUCAGCACUAUUUACUUGUGUUGACAUGUAUUAGAUGUUUAAAUGAGAUUUUGUAUUUAUAUGUUUUUAAUCUAUCUCACUGUAAAAUUCACACAGACAGCCUAUGAUUUCAGCUUAGACUUGAGCCAGUCAUCAACAUAAGGAAGAGAAAAUACUUAAUAUGACUUUAAUUUAAACAACAAACAAAGUCGAUUAAUAAAAAGAUGUUAAUGAGUGUAGCUGCACUUGUUGUUUGUGUGUUUUAGUUUAGGUUAUUUGAGAAAAGUAAUAAGGCAGUGGAAUUUUUUUUAAAAGAGAGUGCAAAAAGGCUUUUUUAUCCCAUGAAAAGUUGGCAGAAGCUAUGGAGAAAUGAGACGUAACAAACAGUUUCAGUUUUGAGGAUGUGGGUCAUACCUAAGACGCACUAGAGCUAGGGAGUCUGAAAACUGUUUUGUCUUUUCUUUCUUUUGUUGUGAGGAAACAAGGCGACAGGGUUUCUUAAAUAAUACAUAAUACUUAAAAAUAAUACAUUUGUUUUUUCACUCUAUUUUUGUAAACUAAUAGAAAUUGACAUGAACAGUUGUUGGUAUUUGAUCAAUUCCUUAUUUUGCAUCGAAAGCUGAGCUGCACUGUUACCCAGAUAAAUCUUCUCUGGGUGGGCAGUUGAUCCAGAUGCAAAAAAUCUUUCAUGUUGCCUGUGUAACCUCCUCCCAGUAUGGCUGAAUUUCUAGGCUGUUGCAAAAUAAGUGAUAAAGUCUGCAGGCUAUAAAUAGUCUGUCUGAAACACAGAACCCCUUUAACCUCAGUUGUUUGCUUCAUUUUACAAUAUUUUCUUUUUUUGGGACAAUCUGUCUUGGUGUAAAAACUGGGGAAAUACCAGACACUAAAAUCAACAAAAAGGUUCUUACAGAGAUGAUGACACCUGUGUGUAGUGGUGAGACAACAGGUGGAGAGUGGAUCUUACUAAUCCUCACAUACAGACCUGUAGUCUUAUUACACACAGGUCAUCAGCACAAAUGUUCAAAUGUGUAGUCAGUUUGCAUGUCUCGAGCUCCGACGGGGACUUUUUAGUACCAGAAGGUACCAGAAGCACCUGAAACUCACAUAACACUACACUGUACAUGCACUGCAGGUGUAGUAGCUCAGAGUAAACAUUCAGGGGCACAUCUGCUCUGUCUGUGUAACCACAGUGUUAACCAGCAUUAAGAGAGGAAGCUCAAACCAGAAAACACUCCAAAAAUCUACCUCUGAACUGAGCUGAACUGAUUUCUUGUCUCAACCUCCUGAAACCAUGUAGUCUGUUAUCACACCGUGAAAUAAGCUAUGUUUGUAGAUAAAUCAUGAAAAUCUAGAAACACACUUUUAUUUUUCAUGACUGGCGUAGCACUAUGACGAGUUUCAGCUCAUGUUGUCCGGUAAUGUCAUGGGAAUGCUUGAACCCUUUGGUGAUAAAAAUCAGAGAAAUAGUUUACAAUAGAGGUGAACAUGUAGAACAGACUCAUACUUUGCUUUGUGUUUGUGCAUUUUUGAGUUAGAUUUGAUGUUUAUGCUGUACUGCACUACCUAUUAUUCCUCCAUCUUAUUUGGAAAAGUUACAGUCUUUCUCUUUGGUCACUCUUCACUUAAUAAUAUGAGCACAAUCGUCCUUAUUAAAAAAGCGUAUUUUCACAUUGAUAUAUUUUGUCAUAGGUUAUUUUUUGGGGCUUUCAGUGCCUUUUUUUAAAGAACUAUUUCUGUGGACACAGUAUGAAACUAGAGAGAUAUGUGAGCUACAGGUUGUGUUUGAACCAGACCACCUGCUUCUAAGGUGUGUAACCACAAAGCGAAAGCGGGUUUUUGUUGUUGAAUUUAAACUGCAGUGAAGUUCAUUUUCCCCCUUCAGUUUGAUGUAGUGAACAGAGUCUCUCAGUUGUUUCUCUUGUUGUUUGUUUGUCUGUUUGUCUGUUAGCAACUUUACAGAUAAAGUUACGGACGGAUUGACCUAUAAUUUUCACCAGAGGUGCGUCUCAGCCCCAGGAGGAUCCCAUUAAAUUUUGGUGGUGAUUCGGAUCGUCUUCUGGAUCCAGGAAUUUUUUGAAGGAUUCUUUAUCUUUGUGAGAUAGGGCAAAUUUUGGAAUUUUUGCAUUUAACUCUAUAAAAAUGUCCAGAGUCUUUAGCAAAAAAUUACACAAAAGGAUCUCAAUGAGUUUUAUGAGUUGUCAAAGGUUGAUCCUGAUAAAAUUUUGGUGUGAAUCACAAUAUAAGAGGGGACAUGAGCUGCUUGGCGGAGGUCUGCGCUCUCCGAGUGCUUUUCUAGUUGACUAUGUUGCAGGUAAGGUUAAGCGCACACUUCUAAGCACCUAGUGUCAGGUUUUUGAUAAAGUCAGUAAACAGUGUGAAACAAAGAAAAAGUUCUUUAAAACUUUUGAUGGCUCGUUUGUGUGGUGAAGUUAGAACAAAUGUGUGGGGUUGCUUUGACUGUAACCGACUGGCGCCUAAUCACGGGGUCCAGAGUUAUGGGUCACCUGACAUGGGGCAGCUGUGACUCAGCAGUAGAGUUAGACGACUCCAAAUUGAAAGGUCGGGGGUUCACUCCCAGGUCCUGCUGUCCACAUUCUGAGGUGUCCUUGGGAAGACACUUGACCCCACCUGCCCCCGCUGGCUGCUCAGUGGUGUGUGAAUUACUCCAAAACUGAUGAGCUCUAUACACAGCAGCCUCUGCCAUCAGUGUGUGAAUGUGGUGUGAACAGGAAUGUGGUGUGACAUGUUACGUGAAAGUGCCCAGAGUGCCCAGAAGACUAGAGAAAGAGAGAUAUAAACAUAAACAUUCACCAUCUACAAAUAGGGAAGACCGGGGCUUGUUGACACAUGGGUAAGUUGUCACAUUGCAAUUAUACUAGUUUUCUUCCUUUACAUGGUCAGGGGUCAUGUUCUGUCUUAGAGGAGAGGGGUACUUUGUGGGCUCAGAUGAGCGCCAAUUAACCAUUUUGCACAACCCAAAGAAAAAAAAAAGUCACCUUAUAUAUUUAAAAAUAAGCUCCUACCAGAUAAAAAUCCUAGCAAUGAUACAUGUGGUUUUGUUAAAGGAGAGAUUAAGGAAUCCUUUCAUACCUCAGUCAUUGUUCUGUUUUAAGCUAACUUUAAGCUAGAGCUAAAGCGGUACUGCAAAACAUUCACCCCAGCCGAAAUACAGAGUCAGACAGCUCUCCAAACUCCAGAGCAUGUAGCAUAAUAUUUUAUGUUAAUGUUUGUUCAAUGGCUAUGUUCAAUGACUUUUUCUAGCUCAAUGAUCAAAUUUUUCUGUGCCUGACUAUGAUGUUCACUUUCAUGUAAAAAAAUGAGAACAAGAAUAACUUUGUCCUUGUUUUAUUAGCUGCAAAAUCCACUGUGAUAUCUUACCCCAUGUAGUGAGAUAACUUACCCGAUGGUGGGGCAACAUGUCACAUGUUCACACUCUUUAUUUGAUUGCUUAUAACUCUGCACUGACACAAGCUAUGAAAAUGACAUGACUAUGAAAUAUAUACCUGAUACAUACCUUGGUCUCUUAUCUGGUACACAUUUUUUUAUGAAUGAUGUAUUGAUUUUAAUAAAUGUAUGAGUGUAAAAAGUGUGACAACAAGCCCCGGUCACCCCUACUUAUAUACAGCUGAUGUAAAGACAAGCUAAUCACACAUUAUCCCAUCAGAUAAUGUGAUAAAUAAAAAGAGUAUAGAGAUUUUAAAGCACUUUUUUCUCUGUCAUGGCAUCUCAGAUUAUUUUAUACUGUAAUAAAAAAACUGUAAAAAAAAAACCUCAGUGAAAUUACCUCAGUGAUGUUCACUUUGGCGCCCUCUGUAAACAAAGCAGCAAAGACAGACUAGAGAUAAAGAGGUCCUGUUGCCAUUAAAAAACUCCCUAUCUGCAUGCAGUAAAGCCCUUUAUUUUUGCAUGGCCAGGUGGCAGUGCUGGCACACAUAAAAGGGAUAUUUCAGCAUUUUUGAAGUGAGGCUGCAUGACUUAAAUGCCACUUGUAAGUGCUUUAGUCUCAGUGGAUGCCAGUCAGCUCUGGCCUUUUACUGGAAAAUGUUGGCAGAAACAGAACACUGGGGAUUGAACCGUUUUUCAGCAGACCGGGCCACCUCUGGCAUGCAGUUUAGCUAAUUUUGUGAGACUUGAACUUAGGUGUUUAUCUAGGUUUAAGUUUACACUGUAGUCAGAACAGUAAACUGAGAAACUUCAUAUGUUUUUGCACUAUUUGAAAAAAAAAAUAAAGUUUUGCUGCUGUAUGCCACAGUGUUAAAUCCUCCCUGACAGUCUAACCUGUUGUUUGGAAACAUAUUUAUGUAUUCAGAAGUGUACUUCCCCUUUAAGAAAAGACACACGUAAUCCUAUGGGAUCUGCCUCUCCUGGGGCUGUUUUCCAUAGACUGAAACCUGUCUGACCUGCUCUCAGUGAGAUUUAUGUCAGUGGGAGACGUUGAGAAGUGAGGCUGGAGUUCACAUGUUGAUUAAAGUUUCCAGGAAUCCAAGCAAAUUUAAUUCUUUGAGUGUCUAACAAAAAGAAAAACUGUUCAGAUCUUCAGGGUGUGCAGUUACAGAAACACAAACAUCAAGCUCCUCGUUGACACUUGCCUGGCAGACUUUAAUGCAAAUUUAAUCAGCAGUAUGCUGUCUGUGUGGGUUUUUAUAGUCAUUAUGUGCAGCAAUCAGAGAAUGAAGCAAAGCUUUGGCUGACAGAUAAGGAAGUGGGUUAUGAUUCGCACAGAUAUGGCAAUAAUAAUCUCCACCUACCUGACAUGUAUCAUCACAAUGAGUGAAGUGCAAGGCGAAUGCUUGGCAGAGAGUUAAUAGAGGAGAGUCAGGGUUGAAGGAGGACAUGACUUAGACCUACAUUUGAUUGAGGACACUUCACUGGUGGUCUACACUUCAGCAUGUGGAUUUAUGAAUGAGUCAGAGCGACUAAGAGGUACAGUAGCACUGCUUUUAGCUUAUUUUAAAUGGUCUGGGAGAGGCUGUUUAUUUACAGGUUAUAUUCUGUUUGGAUAUAAACCGGAAAGCCUGCCUCUGACUGUCUAAACUAGCUGUUUGCUCGAUGCAAUUAUUGAAAUGUUUGAGUCUUAACAGGUUUUUAAGCAAGAAAAAGUUCCUGUUUGGAGAGUUCUUUAUGAAUAUACAGAUUUAACUCAGAGGAAAAGUAGAGAAAUGUGAUUGCACUUGAAGGAUAGCAGCACCUUCUUCUCAUUUCACUGUAAAGCUUCUAUCUGAAGUGAGUGUGUGUUGCUGCUACAGGGUGAAAUCUCUGUAAAUAAAGACAUAGCAGAUAACAGAUGUGCUAUUGAUUUACCAGCUUUAGAAUGAGGAAGGGUGGGGUUUUCUCCAACAUGUCUAUCCACACCCUGCCAAUAUCACUAGAUUCUUUUAUGUUUCUCUUUUUUACCAUGUGAACCCUCUUUCACAACCAUUUUUUUACACUCUUUAACCGUGAUGCAAAGAGCCGUGCCCUGAAGUCAGACACUUUAUUCAGAGGUGGGACUUAAAACUGGAGACACACUCCGCCAGGAGGGCUGCUCACCUGCUUGUUUGUAGUCCACUGAAGAAGUAGGACACUGGAUUUUAUAUUAAACUUUACGAGCACCUGUCCGACCUUGUGGCGUAAGGCUCAACCUGCUGUCUUAGAGACUUUUUUACUUAAGUCGUCUUUUGCAAUCGCAGCAUAAAUGAGACACAGAAAUAGAGAGAAAUUGAUCAGUUUAGUCUCCAGGAAGUCACAAUGGUACGUAACUGUUUUUUUUCUCUUUGUGGUUCAUGCUUCUUGUCCAGACAUGUGCUCUUUGUAUUGUCAGGUUUUGCAAGGUGUGUUUUGUGUUGGCGUAGAGCGUUUUUCCCGCUUUGUGCCAGGUCCUCUUGGCUACGACAGAUACCCUUUUGAGAAGUUCCUGAUUGAACUUAUAUGGAUCAUUUGGAAGUGUGUCAUUGUUUUGUUUGAUGAUAGUUUUUAAAUCUCUUUUGUUUGACUUAAGUCUGUUGUUUUGUUCAUUUAUCAUCUGUAGAAACUCCAGUGACCCUUGAACUGAGGGUAAAGAAGUUUUAUGUCUAGUUAGUUAUUCGUACCACCUCUUCAGCCUGACUGUUUUAGAUAUUUAUUGUUAUUUAUGAAAGAAUUUGUUGAUUCAGACUGAUCAGUGUGGUUGUUUAUUGUCUUUCUGCUCUCUUUUCUCUUGGAAAACUAGAUCACUGUUAUACUAAUGUGUAAGUCUUUAAAAAGAGUUAGAAAACAGGAUCCAUUAAAGCUUCAGUGAGAAGUUUACGGGUGGCUACCAAGCAGACUUAGAAUAAUAUUAGCGACUCUUGAUGAGCAACAAAAGCAAACAAAGCCAUUAGCAUGAAGAUCGGUGGUUUCUAUAUUGUUUACAUGGAGAGACACAAGCUCCAAUGUUGCUUUUGUUGCUAAUUGAAAGCUCCUGUGAGCUGGCUUUGGCAUCCCCUGUUGACAGAGCAGUGCUUGUUAUGUCUUUGCCGAAUUGGUUUUGCGCAUGAAUGUGUUAUUUUGAGUCAAUUUCAACAAAGAAAUCUAUGACUUAGUGGAAGUUUAUGCCACAUUUAAUGUAAAAACAGAGUGUAGUUUGUUACUCUUACUCACAAAGGUAUCAAGUGUAUUUGUAGCAAUAUUAGGCAGAUAUAUAAUGAAAAGUAAUUUGCAAUGCCACAGGAUGAAUGGAUACCAAUGAAAAAAGAAGGCGUUUACUUUAACGAUAACCUCAUUUCAGACAUAACUUCUGCCAGCACAAUGAAACCAACUGACUGUCACAGAGGAAUGUGUGAAAUUAAAUUCUUAUCAUUACUAUUGUGUUGGAUCACAUAUGAUUGUGCAAGUGUACGUUUAUACUCUAUAUUUCUCAGUCAGUAAGCAAGUACAAUUGAUUGAUUUAUUGAUGUCUUUAUUUUGAACAUGUAUAAUAAAGUAAAAACAGCAGUUAAAAUCAAAGAAAGAUCAGAUAUUAACCGAUCACUUCAGUACUGUCAAUAAAAAUUAAUCAUGUUCAAUAGUUACGAUCAGAAACUCUUGUGUUUGGGAGAAACCCUGAGUGCAGCAAAGCAUGCAUACUCAUUGUCACAUGCAACAAAGUGAGGGUUAAGGAGGAAGUGGACUGGCUGAAGAUGGAAACACAACAAGUGCAACCAUGGCAACCGUAGUAAACACAAAGCAUAAACUGAGAUGUAUGUCAAAACUACAGAAGCAGGGUGUAAAUUUAUGUUCAAACUGAUCAUUUCCAUUGAUGGUACAUCUGGACAAGAGAAAAUGUGACUUUUCUGAAGUACCACAGCACCUCACUCACCUCUUCUGGGGUCCUGGACUCAAAACGGACCGAUAAGAGUCAAGUGUCCCUCCAGGCUGCAAAAACAGUGUGUUCAGCUCAGGGGUUUGAAUCUUUCCUCUUCUUUUGGACUCCUUAAGCAUUAAAAAUCUACAAUCCUAUUAAGUAACAACUUCCAAAGCAGAAAUAAUAACAUUAUCCUUACAUAACAUUCAUGUUCGAUGUGUGAAACAUGCUGGAUUUGCAUUUGCUGUGUUUAUUCUCUGCAGAAACUGAAAGCAGUGUUUCAUAACCGUACAUGUAGAUGUACAUGUUUACAUCCUAAACUUGUGCCUAUUUUUAUACAAGCUUAUCCUUUUUAUUUAAUGGGUUUGUAGGAUUUUUAAAGUCAUUUAUUUACUUACUGCUUAAUAUAAAAUAUGUAUUGAGCCAACCGGCAUGUUUAAAAGAAUUGAAACAAGGGUAAAUGAUGGUCUGUUUUUGCAAGCUUACUGCAAAAUACUCUGUGGUGCAUGGAUGCUACCAUCAAUUACUUGGUUAUUUUUAUCAAAGCCACAGAUUCAGAGUAGCAUAAGUCUGACCCUGACAGUAUUUCCUGGUUUUGUCUUCCAGAAUUCGGAGGAGAAGAAAGGAUUUUUUAACCGCUUCAGCCACUUCUUCAGCUCCAAGAGAAAGAAGAGCGGCAGCAGGCGGCAUACGGAUGAUACAAGUACCCCGACAUCCCCACUGUCCCCGUUAUCCCCAGAGUCACCUCUGUCAGAGCUUGAGGCUGGACUAGAAACUCCAACUCCUUCUCGAAAAGACUUCGAGCUAACAGGACCUUAUUAUACAGAUGCUAAAAGAGCAGCCGUGCAAGGCGACACUCUGAGCCAAGGCUCCAGUCCCAGCCUUUCAAGCAUUUCUUCUCUGCGCCCGUUUGCAGACAGUAUCAGCAGUGGCAGUGUAAGGGAGGUACACGUGCGCAGGGUCAGCACUGGCAGGGAUGGGAGGAAUUCUGGGAAUGUAACUCCCACCAAUCUGGACUUUGGUGCUACUCAAUUAGGCGAUACAGGAUCAGAAAAAAGCUUUACAGAGUCAGUGGUGGAGGAAGUAAGCAAAAGGCUGCGGGUCAGUUUGGAGGGAGAUAUCCUUAAGUGUUCAGAGGAUAAUGCAGCUGACGGGACCACGAUGUCCACACUCAAAAUCCCUCUUUCCAAGCCGGCUGAUGUGCCAAAGUCACCUAACUUAACCUCGAUAAGUUUGGCAUCAAAGAAAUCAUCAGUGACAGUUGGGGAAAAGGGGCACAGCACUACUUUAAGAGGAAUAACUUUGGGUUCUCAGUCGUCUGCCUCACAUCUCAUCUCAACUCAACAGGAAGAUGAAAACACUCCAGAAACUGUGAAAGACAAAUCAGAAGACAGAAGAAGAGGUCGGGUUUUCUCUUCGAAUACCGCUGAUGACGUUUUCAGCUCUCUACCUGGUGAAACACAAUCGCCCCGGAGCGAUUCUCCUGCCCAACUCCACAAAGCAAUAUGGGUGGAAACACACCUGGGACCAGAGGAGGAAGAGACGAGGGAGGGGGAGGAAGAGCGGGAGAUAAUGAAAGAAGAGGAGGAGGGCUUCAGAGCAGACUCGCCUCCUGUGCUGGCUCUACCUGCCACAGUCAUUCCUGAGGAAGAUUCUGCUUCUCAGGACUCUGCCGACAGCCCGUCUACCCCCUCAGAUACUUUGCUGCUUACUGGUAGUUUGCCAGAGGCAGACAGAGCCUUGGCAAAGACAACAGAGGAGUUAGAGACAAACUUAGAGGAGCCCGACAGUGGCACACACCCACAGCAAAGUUCACCUCAGGAGAGAUGUACAGCGAGAGAGAUACGUGUGACACGCAAGACUGUGAAUCUGCCCUCCAAGAACAAAGUUUUUGCCCAGAGGGUUUACAUUAGCCCGGAGCCAAGCCUGGAUGAGAACGAGGCAGCAGAAGAGGACAGCAGCCGUGAUUUAGCUUUAAAGACUUCAGACACAACAGAGGAGAAACCGUGAGUAUCUGUCUAUUUACAUUUGACAUGGUUUGAGUUCAGUCGUCUGUCUGAUCCUGUGGGGAACAGAGAGCUAAAGAGAGCUAAUCUUGCGUGCAACCUGAGCUCUCAGUUCCCAUGCUUCUUUGUAGUCCAGGAGAACAAUGCAGGCUAAACCCACACUGACGCACUGAAAUAUUCAUCUACUGUACAUCUAAUCAGACUUAAACAGGAACAUAUUAUCAUACAGUUGAUAGAUAUCCUAAAAACUAUCUGUUUCUGGUUUUACAGUGAACUGUAUGUGUUUGGUUAUCUUGAAGUGAAGUUGGUCGAAUUUCAGCUGAAAGGAGGUCUCCUCUGCUGUGUUUUCUUAGGGUGUAUGUUCUUCACCUGAACAAGUGAGUCAUUACAAAACUCUCAUGGGCAACUGGAGACUUCUGUCAGCACACUUUUGUUUGAUUUACACAUGACGUGGGUACACAUACUCCUGCCCAUGGAAAAGAUGCAGAAUACACACACAGAAGCUGCUCUUCAAGAAACAGAGUCAAUACUGCUACCUCAUCAGUUUCUAAGUAACCCUGCUUCAGGCUGUAGAUGGACAUGCCUGACACAAGAAUUGGUUUGACUUGUAGUUCAAGCUCCCCUGCAGGCGGAUUCUUUCAGCGGCCUUAAGUUUGACCACAAAUUGUUUUAACCACUAUCUUUUUCCAAGAAAUGGAAGUAGCCUUGCAGGUGUAGAAGUUAAGUUCAUGCAAAAGGCAUUAAACAUGCAGCAACAGGGAGCGAUCGUGCUGACUCCAAAAAAAAAAAAGAUGCAAAUGCAGAGAUGGAAAAAGCUGCAGUUCCUUGAGUGACCACUGGAGGCAAACUCGGAAUGCAAAAUUCAAACUUCUUAUAGCUGAUGUUAAUGCCGAUACAGCAGAAAUGAAAAUGUUCACAACCUAGUUCAAGACCAAAUCUGAAAAGCUAAUGUUUUUUUGUUUUUUUUUUCAUAAAAGCUGUACAGAACCUGGUUUUGUUUUCUAUAAUACAAAGGUACUUUAUACAUUAGGAUGAGGGAUAUGCUUAAAUGGGAACUUUCUGAUAUUGGUCCAGUAUGAAGGGAGAACUGAGCAGCCAGGGUAGUCUGACUGGACCUUUGUGGAUUGUGCGGUCACUACAAGUGCUUUAUUCUAGGGAUGCACGAUAUUUAUUGGACUGAUAAAAUAUCGGCCGAUUUGGGGGGAAAUUACGUCAUUUUUUAUCGGUCCGAUAGGUGCAUUUUUCCGAUAGAAAGAUCCGAUAUAUUAAUGAAAUUACGAGUAACGUUUGCAGGCGGAGUAGCCGCCCGUCCGAGACGCGCUGGUUACGUCAUCUAUCGCACCUUACUCUCAGGUCCCAAGCCUGACCCCGUCACUACCUGACAGAUAAUAAAAUGUCUUCACCAGUCCGACGACAACGAGCGGACUGACUAAUGACCGAUUGACCGAAAUGACCGAAAAGAACGAAAUGAACGGGUCUUUUUACUGAACGACCCGGAAUGAUCCGGUUCACUGAAAUGACCAGUUUUGCCCACCACUAGAAGACAAGUGAGAUCUUGCAAGACGUCAGAAUGAGAAUUGAGACAUUAGAUUUUGUUGUGCACAGACACAGGCACAAGUGGACAUGUUGAAAAGUUUGACAGUUAAUGAGUUAUUCAUAUUUCAGAUCAUCAUAAGCUCUUGUUGAGAACUUUGUGAUUGUUUUGGCACCCCCUCUUGACAAAGUCAUACCCGUUUCACUUGUCCUCGAUAUGUUAGUCAAGUUUUAAAUAUGAAAUGCUGCUGUGCUUUUCCUAACAUUCCCUGGUCAUGAAUGUUUGCUGUGGGAAAUACUCUGAAUUUCCUUGUUUGACACCUCACCCUUACAGUGUUGAAAGCAUUAAGUGUUUGUUAAGUAAAAAGUGUAAAACUUCUCACAGGAGCUUUAAAUUUGACUCACAUAGACUCUUUGUGUGCUGGAAGCUGACCAGAGUUUUGAAUGUUACAUAUCAAACACUGGGAGUGCUGAUAGAGCUGACUUGUUGCACUCUUGUUGAGUAAGAGAGUGAGUUGCAGCCAGAUGAAACUAACUCUGUCACAUUUUUAUUUCUUUUCCACUUCCUUAUGGUUUCAUUUUUCAGGCCGCAGGUUGGAAUGUGACACUAAAAGUCCUGUAAACUAUUCCUGUUCAUGUUUUUCUUUCUCUGCUCUCAGGCUGCCAAGCCCCCAAAACAACAAUGUGGAUCUUCAGGAAGCUGAACUGGGACCCUGUCCAACAGCCGAUGAGCCAACCCACCCUGACAGAAAUACUCCCGAGCCCUUAGUUAAAGCGAUAGCAGACUCUAAAGCUUCUGACGUGGAUGGUACUGCUUCAAUCCCAGACAUGUACAGAACAAAGUUACAGAUAGAGGGGUCUGUGGUAGGAGGCAAAGGACAUGACCCGGCUGCACCCUCUGUACCAGGUGUUAAAGCAACAGCAGAAGAAAGUCGACAUAUCACAGCAAGUGGAGCUAAGAGUCCAUCCUCAGCAGCUGGCAGCAGGGUCAAGAAUGUGACAGCAAAGGCAAAGGCCUCCACAGAGAGCACAAAAGUGGGAACUUCCAGUGAUUUGCCACCUCAGAGGGAACAUAGCAACGAUAAAACUGUUCCUCCGUCACCAACAUUAAAGGAACAAAGCAGCAGUAGCCCCUCAAGUGCAGUAAAGUCUAAAAUCCCCAAGAGGUCAACAUCAGAGGCUGAUGUGAAAUCACCGACCACACCAGAUAAAACAUCAGCGCCUGAGGUCACAGCCAAACUGCAGAGGCAACCCAGAAGCAGAGAAGCUUUGAGAUCUCCGGUCACCCAGUCCAAGACUGGCAGGAAACCAAGUUUUGAAGAGGGCAGAGGAGGGAAAGCUUUGUCAGGAGACAUGUCUCCCACAAAACAGAGGAUAGGAAUUAAGCAAACAAAGGAAAAAUCAGAUGAGGACAAUGACUCAAUAAAUCUGGUAAAUGGCACUGAAAGGGACCACGAGGAGAGUCGAUCUAAAACAGCACCCACCACUGAGAAGGAAAGCCCCGAUGUCAAAAAACGAGAGAGCAAUGCGUCACCCAAAACUCGCUUACCCAUUUCUUCUCCGGCAAGAAAGAGAAAUACUAACACCACUCAUACGAGUGAAACCAGCUUUAAAAAGGUGACAGACUCAGAGAGACAGAAGAAGCAGAGUCUGGAGCAACAAGAAGCUACCAACGAUGAGAGCCCAGGAAGUGAAACCCCACCACCGCUCCCUGAAAGUCCCAAGAGAGGUGAGACUUACACAGUCUUUCUGAGGAUUCUGAAUUAAAGAUUAUUACUGUGAACGAGAGAAGGUACUCAUUUAUUCUUUGACAAAAUAGUUUGACACUCCAGGAAAUUUGCAUCUUUGCUCUUUUUCUGAAUCUCAGUUUUAUAGAUCAAAAUACUGCCAAACCAAUCUACAUCUGUCAUCUGGGCUCGUUUACACCCGGGUAUUAAGACAUUUUAACAUAAUGGCAGGAACAAUGGAUGGGACAGGAGUUGGUGGCUGCACUCAAGUUUAGACACAAUGUGUAACCAGGGCUAACACCAAUAAUAGUAUCAUUAAUUCUUUUUACAGACUUGUAGUGGUGAGUGGCUUACUAGUUUCAAUACUGUCACAGAAUCAAAACUAGUGCAGUUUGAUGUUCAGAGGUAACAGCACUGCAAAUGUGAGAGUGUAUAACAGAGUUUUGUUUUUUAUUUUUGCAGCUGAUGACUCAGCUGUCAUGAGUCUAAAAAGAAGGAAAGCUAGCUGAAGCUGUUAGUCACAGUCCGAAUAUAGUGACUGUUACUGACGACUAUCACUGCUGGAUCAGAGUGAAACUUCUUUUCAGAGUUAGUUUGGCGAUAAACAAAUUUCAUGUCUUCACAGUAAGUGAAGAGUCCCUAUUUGUUUGUUAUUGAAAUACCUUUAGCCUGAAAGAGCCACCUCAGGAAAUAGCAUAACUAGUUUGUAAAAUCAUCUUUCCGUACUCUCAGGCACAGACAUGAGUUACAUCUAUGUGUCUCAGGCUUGAUUUAGGGCGAGAGGGGGAUAUAGUACCAUCAUCUAAGGAAGCAAAAAAAACCCAAAAAAAAACAUGAUUUUAAAUUUAGAGUUUUGUCUCCUGCUGCUGAAAAGAGAGGUUGAUAACAUUUAACCACUUAGACAACUAACGUGAUGACUCACAUGACACCGAUUCAAUUCAUUACAUGUUUAUUUGCACUUUUUUUUCUUGCAGAUAACAUAAAUGAGCUAUCAUGUGUAAACUGUUGGGUUUAGAUGGUACUUAUAGGCAGAUUUUCUUCCAUGUAUCACUAUCUUCCUUUUUAACUGUCCACAUUGUCUCAUUUAACUUAAAAACUGCUUUUUUAAUCAAUUUGAUCUCUAUUUAGACUCAAGUUAAUGCACAGCUAAAAAAAUAAUCCAUAUUUACACACUGGGAAAUGUACAUUUGUAGACAGUGGGAAAGUUUUUGGUUAAAGCAGCUCUUAUGUAAUGCUUGAGACUGAAUUAGUAAAAUUAAUGUCGGCUAAAUGAAAAAACUUGGCUUGGGAAUUACUCUGUUUGUCUCCUGAUAGAAAAGCAGCAAUAAUAAAUUAGGAGUUUUUCUGGGUUGUUGCAAAUGCAGCAGCACUUAAAAGUUUUUAAACUAAGUGCAUGCUGCAGUUUAGGUAAAUGCUGCAUGGUUUUCUGUGUAAGUAGAGUCAGGUGAUCAUGGUGAAACACAUCAGUGAGGGACAACUCAAGACUGAUUAAAAUAUAAGCAAAUAAACGUGGAUGUUGUACAUUUUUGUUUCUCAAAUAUUAUUUUAUUCUUUAUCUGCCUGUGCAAACUCAACUGAAAACCAGUUCUCACACUGAAACUGAGUCACAGGGAUUCAAAAAGUUUCUUUCUAGCAGUCUUUCAAAAAAUAAAGCUUGUUUUUUAUUGAAUACGAGGGACAUUUUUGCUUUUUUGAGCAUCAGUGUUGUCAUACUCAUAGCAAGCUAUCCUUUUGAGGAUGUUUUCCUUUUUUUUGCAUUGUAACAGUGUGUUUUUUUCUGCAGGAAACAUGCUGUCACCAAGAGCAACCAACCGCCUCUCCAAAAGCAGCACCAGCCGUGAGGAGAGUCAGUCACCUACACCACGUGGCUCACUGUCCCCCACAAAGCAGGAGAAAACUGUCUCAUCAAGGCUCCUCAAACACAGCAACUGCGCCAAACCCCCCAGGAGUCCAGGUAAAGAGACAUCCGAGCCAGCAUCUCCAGUAAGCAAGCUCCCAACGAGAGGACAGAGGAGCCCCACCAAAGUGGGACCCAGGAAACACUCAUCAAGUGAGAGCUCUGCAACCACACCAACAUCUGAGGAUGUCACAGCUGACCAAGUGAAGGACAACUCCAGCGUGUCCACAGAGGAGGAAGAGCAUGUCACAAAACCCAGAGGCAGUCAUCCCAGAAUCAGUGAGACCAGAUUGAAAGGGAAAGAGAGGAAGGAGCUGAAGGAGGGCAAAAGAAGUCCACUAUCUAAAGACAUUUCAAAAACUCAGCCGAAGCAAAAUAAGGGUGCAGUUACUGCAGAAAAAACUCCAGCAGAAGUGACACCAACCACAGGUGCAGGAGAUACAGUAUCCCCUGGUAACAAGGCUGUCAAAACAUGUCCAUCUGAGUCAUCUGCUGCUGAUGUAAAUAAUGCAGAGACAGAAAGCCAGGACAUACAGCCUGAGACUGAGCAACAGACAAAAGCUGAGUCCCCACCCAUGAAUCUAACCCACAUUAAAAGUAACAAAACCACAGAGGAAGAAGAAGAAGAGACAGAGUUAUCCACAAAGACAAGUGCAGAAGAAGUAAAAGAGAAAGACAUUACAGAGGCAACGCAGCUGGUAGGUAACAAAAUCCCAGAUACAAUCCCAGUGAAAGGACUCACAGAGCCAAACUCUGCAGAGCCGGAUCAGGAAACAAAACAAGCUCAGGAGGAUGUAAAUGAUACGUCAGCCACACCUGCAGAGGGUGACGGUAUUCAAGGUGACAUAAAAACCCCCUCAGAUCAGGAAGGUGUGGAGCCUGGUACUGUUUCUGCUGGAAAAACAAGCAAGGAAAAAGAUAGUCUUCCUGCUAAAGAGGACUCUAAAGGCCAAGAUGCUGAACAACAAGAUGCACUUUCAGCUUCUCCCACAGAUGUUUCAGCUGAUCCUAACCUGGAAGUUAAACAGGAGACACAAAAGGAAGCUGAAAAUCUCAGUCCUAAAAACAAGAGGCUGCCUACAGCUGGUGGAGAAUCUGUCAAAGUAGAGGAAAAAAGUAAAGAGGAGGCUGGCAGAAAGCCAACUGAGGCUUUGGACAUUCAAACAGGGACUGUGCCUGUUUGUGAAUUACCAAAGAAUGCUGAAAAUCAGCCGGACAAAGAGCCUCUUUUACUGGCAGGAGAAAUUGAAAAACAGAAGGACUCCAAACCAAAUGAAAGGCUGAAUGAGGCAUUAGUGGAAAGCAAUGAGUCACAGAGCAGUGGCAAAAAAGAGCUCCAGGCCACAAGUGCUGAGGAUAAAGAAGAGACGGACGUUAUGAAACCAGUGAAACCAAUGCGUCCAUCAACAGAGGAGAAAUGUUUACAGCCAGAAGAGGAAACAAAGUCAGCAGUUACAGGCACUCUGCAAGAGAAGAAGCAGAAGAAGUCUGAGGCAGAACAGGAAGGAAGUACGCGCCAACCAAAUAAAGCCAGUGUGCCCGAAACAGCGCAGACAUGUGCAGUCCCCUCGCAAGAAAAAGCAGAGAUUGGAAACAAGGAAACAGAUCGGCAGAUUAAAGAAUUAACAGCCGAAAAGGAGCCUGAAGUCAAAACUCAGCUUACCAAAGAAGAAACGGUGGAAAUUAAUAAAUCAGUUCAGGAGGACAAACAAACUAAAGCUGCAAAGGAGAGUCAAACUCCUGGACUUGAAGAGGUGAGUAUAAAAACUGAGAGAACUGAAGACACUAAGAACAAAACUGAGACAAAGGAGAAGAGUUUGGGGGAGAAAACUUCAGGAAAUGCUGCUGAGGGUGAAGCUAACGCACAGAAAGAAAAAGUAGACCAGCUUGUAGACAUGACAAAACCAGAAGAAAGCAAGUCAACAAAGUCUAAAUCCAAAGCUGAAGCUGAGAGGCAACCUGAGAGAGAAAAGGCUGCAGAGACGACAGUUAAAGGUUUAGUUUCACAAAGUGAGAAAUCUCUGAAAGAAGAGGCAUCGAAUACCGAGACCAAGAGGACUGACGGUGCCAAAGAGGAAACUGAAUCAAAGGAUUCAUCAUCAAAGAGUUUGGUAAAAGAAAGUGCUAAUGCUAAUGCUAACAGCGAAGCUAAGAAGUCCAGAACUGUUGACGGCCAAGGUGGGGAUGUUAUGGUACCAGCUAAGGAUGAGUCAACAAAAUCUGAAAGUCUGAAAACUGACAAAGAAGAGCAAAAUGCAACAAAGAGACAAGAUUUACAGGAGGGCAAAGCUCAAGAACCAAAACCUGCUCAAGAGGAGGACAAAACAAAGGACCAAGUAAAGAAACCCAAACCUGUUAAAGAGCAGGUCAGUCCAAAACCAGAGGAAAACAAAUCCACAGAACCGAACAGAAAACUGCAACCUGAGACAAAGACAGCUCCAGAGAAGACCUCAGAAAGUCAAGUUCUACAAAAAGAAACAACCCCAAAUAAAGAGGCUGAGACAAAGACUUCUGUAAAAGAGACUGAAGUCACUUCUGCUAAGAGUGAAGUCAGUAUCCAGCCAGAACAGAAGUCCAUAAAUGAAGAGAACAAGACAAAACCUGCUACAGACAAGUCAACGGGGCCCAAACUUCCAGAAACUACUGUGGAGAAGAAACUUGAGACAGAGAAAACUCAAGAGAAGACAACUGGAAAUGAAGCCCCACAAAAACUAAAAGUGAGCAAUGAAACCCAAAGUGCUGGAGGUGCUAAAGAAGAGACUCAAACCCUUCAGAGUUUAGAAAAUAAGUCUGCAGUUACACAAGCUGAUCAGAAAGCUAACACGGAGCAAGGUCAAAAGGCUGUGACUGUAAAAGUUCAAGAUGUGGACAAGAGAAAAGAUGCUCAAUUACUCAACAAAUCCGAUGUUUUAACAGCUGGAACAGCAGCAGGUGAGAGUGAUAAGAAACAGGCACAGAACCUGGACAAAGAGGCAGUUUCAGAUGGAAAUAAAGCAACAAAACCAGAAGACCAACAGAGCAAAGCACCAAUGAAAGAUGCCAAGCAAGAGUCAGAAGCUGUUAUUGGUAAAGAUGCACUCAACACAGAGGUUGGUGAGGUAAAGGAGAAGCCCACGGUAGUUCAAGAUAAAGCUGCUAAGAGCUCUGACACUCAGAAGCGUGAGGAAGACACCAAAGAAAAGUCAAAAACAAGUGUUGAUCUGAAGCAGGAUCUUCAGACCAAACAGCUGGAGAAAGCUGUAAAUCUCAGUGACACACGGCCAGCAAUCAACGGCAGUUUGUCUCAAACGGUCAAACCAGCUUUUCCAUCUCAACCAAACACAGAAUCACCUUCCAGCUGGUUGGACGUAGAGCAUAAUCAAAAGCCCAAGAGAGAGCACCGUAGAAGACUGGAGUCCUCAAACAGUGAGGAUGAAUCCCUGGAGCCUGAUGACAUUGAAGAAUUCAUCAGGAGUAUCAAGGAGGGCAGCGUCCCUUUCUCAGUUCCUACGAGGAAGCGCACUCGCAGACAGUCCCCAUCUCCACCUUUUGCCAUGCCAGCCAUCAGAGAGGACCACUUUGAGAAGACAUUUGAUCCCGAGGCGUUCCAGUUUGGCCUGGGAUCCGCCAGCAAAUGUUUGAAGGACCUAUCUCCUGCUAUGGUGAUUAAGCAGAAAGCAGCAGAAAGAGAAGGACGGACCCUGGAGAAACGAGUACAGGACAACGACAAGCACUCGUCCACAAAACAAAUGGAAACACUUGAUGAAGUGGAAGGAAAAGAUGGAGCCAAAGGGGAGGCCAAUGAUGUAGGAAACGGGGAGAAACAAAGCAAUAAGGAAGAGCCCUGGAGGUCCAAGUCACGCCUGGAGAGGAUGUCCAUCCUCUCUGGCUUACUGAGCUCCCCUCGGUCCUCCAGGAAGACCAAAGAGGAAGUUACGUCCGCAAACAGCACACCUACUUCUAACCAACAAAAGGACCUGCCCUCGCUUGAAGCACAGGCAGUUGUUGAUUCACUUCCGUCUAGCGUUGAAGCAGAUAAGGAAGGCAUAAAUGGUGCAGAUCAGGGCUCACACAUGGGUGGUGGUGCAGGUACAGUUGAUGAGUCAGCAGUGGGCCACUCCUCUCCUCCUCCUCCUGUGCCUUCAUUCUCAGAGAUAAAGCUGCCCGAGCACUUAGAAAAAUACCUCAAGAAGAACAAAGUGGAGUCUGAGACCUCCAAGAUAUCCGCUGAGACACCAAAACCGAAACCUAUGGAGACCACUGACAUGGGCCAGACUUCAGCAGAAGGAAAACCCCCAAAGAAAGUGGUGGACCUGAAGGGGCCUGUUGAACCGCCUCCACCCAGCAACCACAUCCAGGAAACUUUUAGAAAUGGCCUCUCCACCUCUAAGCCGAAGGUAACACUUUCAGUCCUCUUUAUUGAAGUGCUUUUAUGGUUCAAUGUGGUUAAGCCUUUCACUUUUCUGAUGGCCCAGAGCCUGGGUGUGUUCAGACCUGCUAAACUUUCAUCUGUCCUGGUUGAUCUCCAUGGAGAUGAGUCUUAUUUAAUAACCUGCUCUUUUCUUUUGCAACCAAAGUCAUGAAUCCUCUGCAGGUGAGGGCAGGACAAAAGAGUGUGCCCUCAGACGAGAAUUUUGCAAAGUUGUUUUUUGCCAAGAUGACCUGAAGCCUGAUUUAGAAGUUUGCAAAUAACAUGCAAACAAAGUCGAGCGAUGCAAAACAUGUUUGUGUUUAAGUACACUCCAUGCUGCACAACAUAGGUUCUCUCCCUUAGACUCUUUGCAUUAACAGUAAUUGUGAUUUCUCAUCAAAUCUUACCCAGUGGAUCCUAGAACCUGCCAACAGACGCAUCAAUCUGGUUCUGAUACAGUGUCCAAGCUGGAUUUUCUUUUGCAUGGAUGUAAAUUUUCUCUAAUGAGGCUGACAGACCCCCGUAAUAGUGACCUGAAGUUUAUUUUUGGAUCACAGGUUCACGUUUAUCAUUAAAAUACUUCUUUCUUUCAGAUACCUGCUGUCAGGGGUUUCCACAAAAGGCCUGGAAAGGUAUGAGUAAAUAUUCUACAGUAUUUUCUCAAGUCGACAAUUCUUUGUUUUCCCCCUUUUGUUGAAUUAUCUCUCCUUUCACUUAGAUCGUUGUGCACGAGCACGCUCAGUUUGGAGGGCAAGCUUUUGAGCUACACGGCGACAUCGAGGACGCCACCACAAUGAAGCUGUCUCCUGUGUUCUCAGUCAAGGUCAUCAGAGGAUGGUGAGACUUGAUGAUACUCUGAAGUCCCUGCCGGUUUAAUUCCUCAUACACUGUGAAGUGUUUUAGGGCCGCUGUGGAAAAGUGGUGGAGUUUGUUAUCUGUUAGCUGAUUGGUUGGUGGUUUGAUCUCAGCGUCUGUGGUCCACAGUGUGCCUGAACAAGAUAUUGAACCCCAAAUUGCAAAUGGCAAAGCAUCAGUGUGUUAAUGCAUGUAAUUCAGAAUAGUCAGGGCACUCUAUAUAGCAGACAACACCGUCAGUGAAAGGGUUGAAGUGAUGUCCUCUGACUACUCAAAUAGCUUUGAGUGGUCAGAGGACCUGAAAAAACACCUAAUAACAGCCAUCCAUUGAUGAUCUACUAUUUCUGAUGGGGUUUAAAUGAUGCAUUAUACAAUAUAAAUGAGUUAGCUGAACUUCCAGUGUGCUGUCUUUAAUAAUCCUGCUUGUUUUCUGUGUUUCUGCUUGUCUCUGUGGGCUGCUAUCCAAAAGCAGUUUAAUUAUCCCCUUUAGCAAUUAAUACAGCUUUAAUAAAGAGAAGGUUUCUACACUCAGAACUGAUGUUAUUUUCCCUCUCUGUAGCUGGCUGCUCUAUGAAAAACCUGGUUUCCAGGGUCGUAUCAUCGCCCUGGAGGAGGGUCCUACAGAUCAUAUAGUAAACAUUUGGGCUGAGGAGGAAACUCCAGCAACAUUAGACCAGAUGGGUCAGCCUGUCCCAACAGCACCGAUGGUCAUCGGCUCUAUACGACUGGCUGUCAGGGUAAGUUCAUCAGUGGUAAUGCAGUCAGGUUAUUUCACCCUCUGUUUACUCAAACCCUUAACUAUGCUGCAGCCACUAUCUGUUUGACAGGGUCUGCACCAUUUGACAAAUCUGUAACCUGCAUUAUAAAUAUGAGAUAGGGCUAGGCUGAGGUUGGCCUGCAGCAUACAUGGUAUUAGGAGGGUAAAAACAGUAGAUCUGCAAAGUCACGACCCAACCUGAUGAUGCGUCUGCAAACCUUUUACUGCUUUGAAGUCACAAUAAUGGCAUCACUAGUCACUUGAUUACAGCCAGCUAUUUUUUCUUUUUUUUUGUCAUUUGAAUGUAUAAUUUCAAAUAAAAAAUACUGAAAUAAGUGGAGACCUACUUUUCCUGUACACUUUACACAAGCAUGAGAAAGAUGCUUAUGUGUCUAUGUCAGUCUCCUUGCCUCUGCAUGCUCUGUUUGUGUAAUAUGAAGGGGCUAAGUGAAAUAAAACUUCAGUGCCUAAUAGUAACAAGUGACAUUGUUGAAGAGAAGAGCCUUAAAAUCCAAGGAUGCUUCAGAAAACACCUGUAACACAGGUUACAGCAAUGUGACGUCUGCACAAUGAGCAUUUAAAAGUUGGCUCCUUUUAUCCACUGGCUGACUUCUCUAUAUGUUUGUGGAGGGUCCUACCUCUUAGAUAUCCUUUGAAAUGACUUUGGAAGUUAGAAAUAGUUUUCUUUUUUUUCCUUUAUCUCAGACAUAUAAUAUUUUUCACGUACCUUGACAUGUUCUGGUUUUGUCACUUGGUGGUUGGUGUGACGCGUCAUAUCAGCUGGUGUUACGGAGGCUUGACUGUCCUGCCAAAAAAAUUGACAGGACGGUCACGCCUUUCACUGUCUGUUCGCCUCUGCAGGACGCUACUCCAGGAAUGUGAGAGCAUGGAUGACCCCUCAUCCCUGUAAUGGAGGCGUGACCGUCCUGUCAAAAAAACCGACAGGAUGGUCACGCCUCUGUAACACCAGCUGAUAUGACGUAUGAAAAAAGAAAACGAUUUCUAAGUAACUGAAGAAAUUAUGAACAUCUUUCAACUUUGUAAGUUAUAGAGACUCUGAGAGUCAUCUGAUAUGGACUAACUUUUUAAAGUGAGUUGGAAUAAAACUCUAACUACGUUACCAGGUCAGCAAAAUUAUCAAACACUGUUGCUAAGUGUUGCAUUUUUACUCAGUGCAACUAUCACUGCCAUUGACUAUGCUGAGCUGUGCUGAGGGUGUCUUUUUGCUCAUCAGAGAAAAAAAAAGUGGUGGAAGAAUAACUGACAACAAUAAUCAGGACAAUAACUGUCACAUCCUGCAUGAACAAUGCUGGGAAAUUAAAACUAUGUGUUGCUGAGUGGACAAAACAGAGCAGCCUAUUUAUCUUAUCUUCCUGCCUGCUUCAACCACUCCCUUUACUCAGAGUAAAAGCCCAGCUGUGGAGUAUCCAAGAGUUACACUAAUGCAGGGUUAGAUAUAAUCUUUUUGGUUUACCCACUUCUGUAGUUUUCCAAACUUAUCAGCCACUCAGCAUUUUCAGCAGCCAUAGUUUUGUUGUUUGGAAUUUUCGUUCAAUCAAAGUUGACGACGGUGUGCUAAAAUUGACUUGAAGCAGAUUUACAGCCCUUCUCAUUGUGCAGAUAAGUUCAUGCAUGCUCCUGUGUUUUCAGAGGAACAUUUUGCUUAGAGUCUUUGGAAUGAAGAACAGUAGAAUUAGUGAGUUUGCACAAAUGUAAAAGCUCCCCAUGACUCAGUCAAACUGUAACUUUUCUUGUUGUUUACAGGAUUACAGCGUACCCCAAAUUGACCUUUUUACAGAGAUCAAUGGUUUGGGGAGGAUGACAUCCUACUGCGACGACACUGUGGAGACCAGCUCCUACGGUAUCCCACAGACCACAGGCUCCAUUAAGGUCCACUCUGGAGUGUAAGUUCACAUGACAACCUUAGAUGUGAGUCGAUUGAUUAAAAGUAUCAGGAGUGUAUUUAAACAUCAUGGAAACAUUAGUGGUUUGAAAGCCCAUGACUUUGCAGUGACCUUCAGGGCAGAGUGUUCUCUUUCUAAGAAAGAAUGCAUGCUGCAGGCCAGAGCUUGUGGUUGUCAGAUUUUUAACUGCUGCUGGUUAUUGAUGGUUAGCACUGACUAUUCUUCAUUGUGCAAGAGGGUACGACAGGUUUGACACUUUAAAGUACAGUGAGGAAGGUUGCACUCAGCUUUUCUUGUUGUCCUCUUUCUCUUUUUAGCUGGCUGGUGUACACUGAUCCAGGGUUUGGAGGACUUGUAGGAGUGCUGGAGGAGGGGGAGUAUCCCUGCCCAGAGGCCUGGGGUUUCCCUCAGCCCUUCAUUGGUUCCCUCAGACCUCUCCGGAUGGUACACUUCAUCAAAUGUGUAUUAAUGUUUACGCUGUUCUGGUAUGCUUCAAAUCAUUAUGCACCGGUUACAUGUGUAUCUCUCUGUUGCAGGGAGCAAUAAGGGUGGAGCAUCCAACUGAAGUCAAGGUGUGAUCUGCUUUAUAUUUGUUUCAUCUAUAAAUAGCAGCUGUUUGUGGAAAGCUCAUGAAAUUUGAAAUGCAAACACAGAGUCCAAAGUAUCUGUUAGAUGAGUGAACUCAGCCUUAGAAAGUCCUCUGUGAGGGCAAAACAAGUUAGAGAAAGGCAGCUUUAUCCAGGUGAAUCCCACAAGUUUAUCAGAUUAAUGAUGUGAAUGGUCAAUCAUCCUGCAGUCUUAUUACAAACACUCAGAAUUCAGAUUUACAUUCAAAAGAGUUUGCAGAUUAAGAGAAAUGCAGACAAAACCUUCCAAAAAUAAGGGCCUUUUGGGGUCAUUUGAAUGUUAUCAAACAAAUAAACUGAAAUAAACUAAAAUGUGAGAUAAUUUAUAUAUUUGGCGCUCAAAAUUUAAAAACAUGCUACUAAUUUAGAUAACAUGCAGCAUUAUAAGCCAGAGGCAUGUUCAUGAGGGGAAAUAGACAAAAGACAUUAUAAGUAGCUUGGAAAAUGUUUCUCUAUCUUUGAAGACUCACACAACCAAGUAUGAUAUUAAAUCUGUUCUGGCAGUAAUCAAAGUCUCUUAAAAACAAGGUUCUGAACCUGACAUGUUGGCCUUGAAUUGACCUACUAAGGCUUUCAAUAGGAUCAAGUCAAAAUGAUGGCGUACCUACCUACCUUCCUUCACACUCUGCAUGUGCACUCACCUUAUGACCAGGAGAUGCAGGGGUGUGCCGUCUGCUCACAUUUUUCAGCAUGCUCCAAAAAAGAACAAAAUAUUUUUUUUAAGUAUCAAAAGAAACAGUUGGUUUAAAUGUUUAAAGUGGUGUUACAAGCAAAAAAGACAACAAAGAUCUGUUUGUUUUUUUCUGAUCUAUAAUACUGUUGAAUGAAUUUUAAUGAAAAGCAAACAUGACGAUAAACUCAACCCAGCAGUUAAUUUUAUUACCAAUAAAUGAGAGCAGCCGCCCAAUAUAAAUACAGGUGGAACUCACAGCCUUAAGUAAGGGUGAGCUGGGCCAGGAUUACAGUUCCCUCAGUGGUCCCUCCAGAACCAGGCAGGUGUAUCUAAAGAGAAAAGCUCCUGCCCUAAGAGGACUGGUCCAAACCCUUUUAUGGCAUUCCUGUAGUUUCUGACUGCUCUCCGCCUGAAGCCUGUGUGUUUGAUUGACGGACUCAUGCUAAGAAAUACUGUCCCUGCAUCACGCGGUAAUUUGAAGAAUGAAUGGUAUUCCACCCUAGGACAGAAAGGAGCUGACAUGCAUAGCUCUGUGCUCUCAGCACAUACUGGAGGCCUUAGCUCAUCUUUAACUCCUUCCUCUCCAUCGCCCUCUCAGGCCUUACUGUUUGAGAAGCCUAACUUUGGCGGAGAGAGCGUUGAGGUCGACUGUGAUGUGUACAACCUUCAGGAGGAACCAGAAGAAGGAAACACGAACAAGAAGACAAUGUCCACAGUAGGGUCUAUGAAGAUACUCGGUGGUCUGUAAGUAUCCACUGAGCGAAAAAAAACUAGCUAAUUAUGUGGAUAUUUAUCCAGGUAAACUCCUCUGAGGAGCUUUCCUGGAUAUGAAACAGACUGAAUUUAAUGCACAUGCUUAUUUUAUGAGCUAACAGCAUUAAGAUCAAUAUUUGAAUGUAGUUGUGAAACAUGCCUGAAGCUAUAGCCAUGUGUAGGCAUCAUAAGGCAUAUAUUAUCUUCAUUAGCACAAGAAAGACAAGUGAGUUACAGCCAAAUUUCAGUUUUGAAGUUAUUCAGUGAGUGACUGUGUGAGAUGCACUGGUUAGAAGGAAAAAGAGAAGACGAAUGAGGGAUUGUUGUUGAACCCAGAACAACUUGCAUUGAUAGACAUUCAUAAUAAUGAAAACUCUACAAAAGCAUCUAUAUCCAGGUUUUUAGUUCCCAUCCCUUAGUUUGAGCAAGGGUCUGAGAGGUCUGGGUUUAGUGACUGAAUGAAAAGCUCCUGUCAUUAAAUAUCACAAUUCCUACACACUGUACCUUUAAGUAUUGAACGUACAAGCAACAUGUGCUGAUCCUGUUAGGAGGUCAUUUACUGUCAUGGGUGCUAUUAGUGUGAAAUUUAGAUUCCUGGACUUGGCUAAAAAGUGAGAAUGCAACUUUAAAAUCCAUUUUUACACAGUCAUACUUAGAUUCCUCUAGCUUUUUUCUAUAUUGUCUUCCUUUCCCUUGUCUGGUCUGUUUUGUGAUGCCAGCAACAGUGCUGCAUAUCUGCUAGCCAGCUUUUUUCUUAAAAAAAAAAAAAAUAGACCACCUAAUUUCUUCUGAUCUGACCUUCUAUUGAUUUCCAAGAGGAAAUGUUUUGAGUAAAAACCAUAGACUGUAUAUAUACAGUCUAUGGUAAAAACACACUUCAUAUAUAUACAAAAACACACCCAUAUACCUCGUGCAAAGGACAUCAGAAAGUACUGUAAGAGAGUUGUCAGGUUGACCCUGAACUUGUUUUAAGUGUAAAAAGUUUUAAGAAGAAAUAUCUCAAUAUUGCUUUUUGGUUUUGACUCAAACUGUUCACGAGUUUUUGGUUUUAAUCUUUAGUUUCAAACGUUGUUACAUGUGGAGUUUCUAUGAUCAAAUAUUUUGUGUUCUGUGAUGACUUGUUAAGUACUUCCUGCUCAUCAAUAGUAGAUUUCUGUGAAAAUGAAAAACCUCCAGGGACGAUGAACUGACUCACUGUCUCUCCUCAUAGCUGGGUGGGCUAUCAGGACUCGGACUUCGAGGGCCAGCAGUACAUCUUGGAGGAGGGCGAGUAUCCUCACUGCAGUGACUGGGGAGGAACUGAGGACGGGUUUCUCUCCCUGCGGCCUGUGUGCACAGUAAGUAUUAUAUGCAAAACUGAUAACUCAUGAACAGGCUCAUAUGUAGGUCCUCCUGCCUGGUCUUGUCUCAGCCUUUGGCUCUGACACUGAUCUCUGUGGAAAUUAGAAAAUUGGCUCUUCACUUUCUAACUAUUUCACUGUGCUAUUAUCUCUUUAAGGACUUCCUGUCACCUCAUGCCAAACUCUUCAGUGAGCCGCACUUCAACGAGCUUGGGCUCAGCAUGGACCUGCUAGGUCCCGUCGUCGACAUGGACGUCGGCUACGGCACAAAAACUCAGUCUGUCAACGUCAUGGGUGGAGUGUAAGUAAAAAAAACAAGCUAACGAUUUUGUCUGUGCUGUCGUUCACGCCCUUGUGCAGUUUGGGUGUGUCAGCGCUCCUCACCUACAAAUGAUUCAGCGCUCUGUCAUUAUAUACACAAACAAACGCACGCACAUACGUAUAUAGCCUGAGAGAAAACAGAAUAAGGGGGUGAUUCAAAUGUUUUAUCUAUUUAGAGCGAUGAUUUACACUGACAUGAUGAGAAAACUGCUCCUUAAGUUUCUAUUAAUCAUAAACAUGAUACAUUUCGUUUAGAGGAUAAUGUCAAUGUUUGCAGUCAAUCUUGUCUAGAUAAGAAAACACAGAGCUUUUACAAGGGUUUUUUUUACAAUCUAAACCUGUUAACUCCUUUAACAUGUAACAAGUUUUUCAGUUCACAGAUUUUUAUUGGACAGCAAACUGCUCAUUCGAGUUUGUUUAAUGGCAUUUUUGAUCUUUUGUAACAUUUGACGGUUUGCUCUAAAUUGUCCAAACAUCUGCUGAAUGAUUUUAUAACCUUUGAAAGACAUGGGCCUCUUCUACUGACUGAUUGAUUCAGUAUGUGAUAAUGUCAGUCAGGCUGCACUUAUUAAAUGAGGAAUACACAGACUUUUAAUUUUUUUUCUCAUAUUUCAUGAUCUUAAGAAAACAUUUAUUUUUAGAAAUUUUAAGGUUACAUUAAAUUAGUGUGGUUAGUUCUUCCUCUGCAGAGACCACCAUUGUUGAUAAAGUUGAUACCAGAAGUCCCGCCCCUGUUUGAGUUUGAUUGGUCAGUGAUAGUAAAGUGACACUGAGGGGUGCCAGGGCUCCUUAUGUUCAACUAGUUUAAUAAAAAUGGCAUCAGAUGUGUGCUAAAAACUCUAAAGUGCAUCAGCUUCAGUGUUUGUCGGUGAUACUUAAACUCUUCCACCUUGGGGUUUAGCAUCUUCACUUGUUUUUGUCUUCCUGGCAGGUGGGUGGGCUUUGAGAACCCUGGAUUCAAUGGGGAGCUCUACAUCCUAGAGAAAGGACUAUAUGUGUGUCCAGAAGACUGGGGAGCCCAGAACCCAAAGAUCUCAUCCAUACAACCUGUUUUCUAUGUAAGAGCAAGUUUAAAGUGUGAAGAGAGUCUACAGCUGUGAAUGAGUUGAAUCUUUUAAAACAAAUCUCAGAUGAUGCAGUUUUGUUUAUGUAAAACUAUCGUCUGAUCUCUCCCUGCCUCUUUACCAGGACCCUCUGAUGGGAGCUCCAAAAUUCAAGGUGUAAAUCUCUCCAUUAAAGUCUUUAUUUAACAGAUUUACCCUUUAUUUCUAGACCAUGCCAGGUUACUAAACUCUGCUGAUGUGGAUUUCAGGUGAAACUCUAUUCUGAGCCAGACUUCCAGGGAAAACUGGUGACGCUAGAGGAGAGCGCAGCAGCUCUGGAGGAGGACUUCAUUCCCAGGUCCUGUAAGGUUUUGGCUGGCAGGUAAGCACCGCUGACUGACAUCCAAACAAAGCUUUAAACUGUUAACAAGGUUUCUAGGCAUGUAAGGAUGGGCACAGCCGGCAUGUUUGGCUAAAACACUGUAUUUAAAGGGAUAAUUCAGUUUUUUUGAAGUGAGGUUUAUGAGCAGCAAGUGUACGAGUCACAAUAGAUGCUGGUGAGCUUUAAUGAGAAACUGCAGGCAGAACCAAGGCACUCAGUAUGCCGCUGUUUUUGUUUUUGGCAGACGGGGGCGACUCUGCCAUGUCAUUUAAAUAAUUUUGAGAGACUCUGACCCAAAUGCUCCACUUGGUUUAAGUAUGCACUCUUCUGAGAAAAUUUUCAGCAUUUGACCAUCAGAAAGCAUGUUUGUUUUUGCACUAUUUGUGAAUGCAACACACAGAGAAAGCAACAAAAAGAUAUGUUAACCUUGUGAGAAUACACCAUGUUUGCUGCUGAAUUGGACAACUGAGCAGAAAUAAAUGACUUUACACACAUCAAUGUGUCUGCAGAUGGAUCUUGGGCAUUUGGUGCAUCUCAAUUUGGCAUAAUGUGUAAAACUGAGAUGUAAAAUAACAAAAUGUGCACUGUGUCAGUGACUUAUACAUCACAGACUUAAUCAGCUGAUCCCUCUGCAUGCAGGAGAACUCUUCCAUGUGUGAAGUGUCUGCAAAUGCUGCUAAUGGGCUUUCUUAUGAAGAAUGUCUCUGAAGGGCACACACGUAAACCAAGAUGAGUGCUUGGGUCAGAGUCUCUCAAAAAUAGCAGAAUUUUGUGGCAGAGUCGACGCUGUCUGCUGUCUUGGACCUGCCCGCCUCUAUUAUGGCUAGAACACUUAGUAGUGUUUUGUAACUUAUACAACCUCGCUUCAAAAACACUGAAAUAUCUCUUUAACUGGUACAAAUAGGACUGUUGUCAAGGCUGUUUUCAUUGUCUUUUUUUAGCUCAAGGGGCAUUCCUGUAUUUUAAAAUUUGGACUUUUUAACAGAACUGAGGUCUUCAUGCGUUAUUUGUCUUUAGUAGAUUACUAAAGCCACCCGCUAUAACAUAGGCUGUAAUGACAACAACAUCAGAUGGUCAUUUUCUGGGUUAAUUUGGCAUUAAGUGUAAUCAGUCACUCCCUCCUGCUAUAGCUGGGUGGCGUAUGAAGGGGUGGAGUUCACAAACAACAUGUACAUGCUGGAGGAAGGUGACUACCCCAACACUGAGGCCAUGGGCUUCAUAUCUACAGACUGCACCAUCCGCUCCAUCCAGAUAGCUGGACAUGUGAGUACUGCUUCUUGACUGCUGUGUUUAUGUUCCAUGGGUAGUUAAAGAUCAUCAACUGAUAACGAAUCCUCUGUUCUUGCUCUUCAGGAGCUCUCUCUGCCCUCCAUCACAUUGUUUAGUAAGGAGGGCUGCAGAGGUCGCAGGGUGGUGUUGGAUAAAGGAGCCGUCAACCUGCCGCAGGCCGGCCUGGAUGCACGUAUACGCUCCCUGGUGGUGGAGGGAGGAAUGUAAGUCACUGCUCUUCAAAAAGGUCAUGAAGCUUUAGUGCCUAAAAACUGCAAAUGAAUGUAUUUUUGAAAAUUGGUAUUUAGGAGUUUGAAGAAGUAAGUCCUCACUAUCAGUCUGUAAAAUAAAUAAGUAUUUUUCUAUUUAUUCAUGGACGAUAACAGUAAGGCAAACUGUCUGACUUUCCUCCCCUCAGGUGGGUGUUGUAUGAAGGCAGUAACUACUGUGGUCGCCAGCUGCUUCUGCAGCCAGGUGGUGUGCUUGAUUUGUUCAAGACCAGCGGCUGGCAGCGAAUCGGAUCUCUGCGCCCGUUAAUCCAGGUAUGACAACUGCUGUAGGCCCUCCACUCAUAUGUUGAGUGUGUAUUAUAUUUGUGCCCUCGCCUGGGGUGGAAGUGCAACAUUUAUACAGAGAGUCCCUAUCUUGUUGUAAAUAACUUUGAAUAGACCGGCUUUUAUGAACCAAAACUCACCAUGCAGUGCUCAUUGUCUCCCUCCCACAGAAGCAGAUGUACUUCCGUCUGAAAAACAGGGAAACAGGAAGUGUGAUGUCACUGACAGGAAAUCUGGAAGACAUCAAGCUGAUGAGAGUUCAGGCUGUGGAGGAUACCGGAGGGGUGGAGCAGAUCUGGCUCUAUCGGGACGGACAGCUUACCUGCAAGGUACAACAACACAACAACACUGCUGCUAAAACUUCAGUCUGCAUUUAAUCUGCAAACACUCAUGACUAGAAGGUCAAUUAUAGCUGACAGGGAGAACAGAGAGUGUGUCAUUUAUGUUAAAUUAUUGUUUAAGUGGCCUGGGUAUCGUUUUAUAACUCCAGGAAAUGAACUUGAAGUGUUUGGAAACAGCUGUUGCACCCCUGCAGGAACUGUUUCACUAAUUUAACAUUAGGCUGCAAUGUGAGUGUUGAAUUUGUGAUAUUGUUAUUGUAGGUGACUGUGUGCAUGAAAACAAGGGUGGGAUCAGGACAGUGUGAAAGGCAGGAAAACAACAUGAAUUCCCAACAGGCUUUGUUCAUUCACAGUCAACCUCAAACCAUCAAAGAGCAUUUGUUUAUGUUCCUGUCUGUUGUCCUCAGUCAGCAGGAGGUCUGGAGACAUGCAGACUGGCUCCAGACUCGAUUCAGACCUGAUUCAGAGCCAUUUAAACCUUAUCUGUAAUCAUUUCAGAGAUUAAAUUCUCAAACUGCUGAGAUUUCUGGUAAAUGUAGGAAUUAAAAAAUGACAUCACAAUAAGAGAAAUUAUCAAAGUAGACAUAAUGUUAUGAAACAAUAUAUUAUAACCUGAUGUCUGACUUACUUAAGAUAAUUAACCAGCACUCACUAAUCAAAAUCAAAUUAAACUUUACUUAAAGAGCACUUUUCAUGUAUGGACAUACAACACAAAGUGCUGUACACACAUAGAAAAAAUAAAUCAUAAAUGAAAAUAAAAUAAAACAAAUAAAAAAUGAAGUAAUGCAUCUUCAUCCCCUCCCUCAUGUCCUCUCUGUCUGCAGCUGGUGGAGGACUGUUGUCUGGAGACCUCAGGCAGUAUGGUGAUGGCGGGCUGCCGCCUCUGCAUUUCACCAGAGAGAGGAAAAAUCAACCAGCUGUGGAACAUCACUGCAGACGGCCUGGUGCGCUGCCACCUUAAACCUGACCUGGUCCUGGAGGUCAAAGGUCAGACAUUUGUUAAAACUUAGUUGAGUAUAUUAUGGAUUAGAUAGAGUGAGUGCAGAGUCAUCAUUGGGGGUUGGGUGUCUUUGUGGGGGUAAAAACAUUAAAGAUAUGCGGUUGACUUAUUUGUAGUGCAGAAAGUUUCCUAUUGUUCAGCUACUUUUAGUUGAUUUCAGGCUCAAUCCUUGAUCAACAGCUCCAUCUCCUGGUGAACUGAGGAGGUGCAGUUAUGGGAAACAUCUAGCUCUGUGCAACCAAAAGUUCAGUUUUGUGUUGAUAAGAGACGUUUCUUCAACAUAAUUACUUGCUAACUAAUUUUAUUUCCCCAAAUUCCCCACAUUGUGCCAGAAGUGUUUUAUUUUUCAAAAUAUUCACCUGCAUUUUCUCGCUGUUCUCCCCAGGUGGUCAGCAGUAUGACAAGAACCAGGUGAUCCUCAACACGUUUGACGAGAGAAAACCGAACCAGAGGUGGAUUCUGGAGAUCCUCUGAUGAGAUCCCAGCCUUUACUUUUAAGAAAAGCACUGCUGGGGUUGUCACAGCCCCCAAAUUCAGCUCUGCCAGGGGCACUGAGCCCUGUGACGCAGCUCUGCUGUAGCACUCACACCACAGAGGUGGACACCGGGUGGUUUUCUGCAAACACUGCACGCUGUCAUAGUAUUUUAUUUCUGUUUAGUCCUUGUGAAGAGGGUACCCGUCACCCUGACAAACAUUAGUGUCAGUUUUAAGACAAGCUUUUAGGAGAGUGAUGAUUUCGACAAACCAAAGACUCCCCCUCUGUCGUCACUGUACGUGGUGAGAACUCAGCCCUGUCUUGAUGCUGCUUUUUACUGCAUGGUACUUUUCUUCUGCAGGGGUUUAGUGUCUGCUCUUUAGUCAUGUCAUGAAUGUAAUCUUUGUACAGCUGCAAUAUGAAGUCUGAAGGGCCUUCACUCCUAAGAUCUCUGUAGAAAAGUUCUCCUGUAAAGUCUUUAAUUAGAGUUUUAUAGGUUUUUAACUUUUCUUACAGACUCACUGCUUUAGUUUGUACAAAAACAUCAAGUGUAAAGAUUUCAGAUUCACUUUCACAGCAGUAAAAUCUUCUACCUGCUGAUUGUAAAUAUGUGAAUGUAAAAGAAACUGUUACACGAGAUGUGAUUUUCUUGUAUCAUUUUUUUAAAUAAUAAAACACUGUCUCAUCUUGGACAUAAAUGA